AUGGGUGAUGGACAUCCACAAAUGAAUACAUACCAUACAAACGUACCAUAUUAUCAGACAGAUUUACAUUUGCUAUGUUACGUCUACCCCUGAGUCCAGGUUGUGUGUACAGCUCUCUCUGCCCUGCUUUCCUGCUCUGCUACCGAGCAUCCAAAGCACUCACGCUCUUCAUCUCAUCUCCUCUCUUCCAACCCAUCUCUCACUCACCCUCUCUGCUCUCUGUCUUUCUCUCCUCCCUCUUUUUUUCUCUUUAUCUUCUGUCUAAUUCCCCCAUCCCUCCCCCUUUCUCAACUCAAUCUGCCUCUCACUCUCACACACACACACACACACACACACACACACAGACAGAGAGGAGAGGGGAGCGCACAUGUGAGGCGAGGAUCUCCCUAACCGCUCCGCUCCACUCUGUACUCCCUCCCUCCCAAGGCAGACAGAAGACUGGAGAAGAGGAGGAAAGAGAAAUACUGCAGUGACCAACCAGCUGCUCUCUCUCUCGCUGCUCCACUGCUUUCAUCCUCUAUUUUUUUCAUUAUUUAGCCCCCCCCCCCCCCCCGCCAAUUAUAUCAUGAACCUGCCUGCUGCUUGUUGCUAAGGACAGUAAAACAGGGAGCAGUGGACAAGGAAUUAUUUUGUUGCUAAGGUAAUGAAUGCUUCAUUAGUUGGGAGUUGUCAGGAGCAUUGUAUUGGCUGGCUGGUGUGAGUGAGGGGGAUUGGCUGUGCAUGAUCAACUGCAUGUCUGUUUUGUGCCUGUUGUUCAUAAACUUUUCUCCACAGCUCAGAUUAUCCUGUUGAUGCUAUGGAAUUAGAUGGUGACUGUCAGUGCAUGUAUGUCAGUGCCUGUGUUCGAUCCUGUUAACGCUAACACAGACAUCUAUAGGACUGGUGUUCUGUGAAGUUAGAUUUCCAUGCUUUGGAAAUGAAGUUGUUCCUAUGAAUUACAGGUUGCAGCAGUCCAUAGCAAGGAGCUAUUGCAGGUCUUCAUCUAUUCACCUAGGAAUAUCUUGUCUUGUAGGUGUCAUAUAAUUCAUACAGAAUGUCUGAAUGGUUGGAGAAAUUGAUAAAGGGAUAGGAUGUAAACUUAGUUUAGGAACUCCUGGUUACUUAGACAUUCUGCUAAUCAAUGCAGGCUGCAAACAGCUCCUCAAUCCAUCAUCAUGGUGGCAAUAACAACUUUGGAUAAUAAGUGGAUAAUGUGCAUGAUUACUGCUUCCUGCUCUAUAGGAUAAUGCUCUUUGUGUGUUAAACAGUUGUAAUAAAUCAUUACUAUGAAAGACUCAAAGCAACCUUGCAUGUCUAGUGCUGUGCAGCUAGUGGUUUAUUGAAUGUAUUCAAUCUCAAUCUGAUCCUCUAACCAUGAUAGUCUAUGUUUGUUAUGGAUUACAAUGCAGCAAGUGGCCACACUUCAAGACACAAUUAUGUAAUUGUACUGAAACUCACUCGCCAUUGGUUUCCCUCUGGCAAAAUGUUGUUUUAUUGAUUUAUACUAUGUAUGAAACUUUCAUUUCAUGCGAUUUUGUACAGAAUGUGCCAUGAUGCUCUCUCACUGCUGUUUCAGAAUGCAGAGUUUCACAGCUCCUCCUUUCAGAACAACCAUAACAACCUAGGAGACUUUCUUGUAGUGGAACACAAAUAGUUAUAAAUAAAUAUGAGAAGAUUUUUUUAUAAAACUGUUCUUGGAAGCUUUAUCGUCCCUGUCUGUUCUACGUACUCCAAAAAGAUGAAUGUGUCAAAUGAUGUAAUCCUCUCUCUUUUUCUGCCUGACGCAUGAUUACAAAUGCUUAUACCAAUCUGAUACACAUUAUUACUCAACUGAAGAAGAAUGAUGAUUGUAGCAUAGUGAAUUUAGAUUAUGAAAAUCCAUAGUUAAGCAGAAAUUAUCCUGUAGAGCGGGAGAGAGGGAGAGAGGGAGAGAGGGAGAGAGCGAGAGAGAGAGAGCGAGAGAGAGAGAAAGAGAGAGAGAGAGAGAGAGAGAGCUGUAGUGGGAUGGAUAUUGAAUGGAGGUCAUGUAUAAUCCCUUACGGUAGCUUUUUAAGCUUUACGUCAUGAGAGUACACAGGACUGGCAAGCCUGAUCACACUGUGUGGCUAAUGUUGUCUUAGCUGUGCAAAUGGUCAAGGUUUUAACCAUAGUAGCUUGAUUAAUUCAAUAACAGGCUUAUUGCACAUUACCUAUGCCCAACACACUAUGUACCUAUUAUAAUUAUUGUUUACAGUCUCUGACUCACCAAUGUCCUGAACACCACUGAGUAUCUAUAGCUUAUCAGCGGAAGGCUGUCCGAUGCCUGAUUAUACAUGACUGUUGCCAGGACAUUUUGCCACUUUGACUCACAGGCCUGACAUUUUUCUUGGCUUAGUCAGCUAGUUUAUAUUCACCUCACUGUAUUGCAUUACUGCUAUGGCUUUGUUAUCUGCCUGUAUUGUGACAGGUGUUGUCACCUGAGAGAAGAGCAAACAUUUUGGGGAAUGUCAUAAUGAUAAUAAUAAACUGACCGUGUAUUUCACCCUGAACCAAAUGAAUACAUUUAUGGGCUAUUAUGAGUAGUUUUUGACAUUGAUGAUGGUCCUUUCCUGAACUCCCCUCUGCUCCCUGUCUCUAUGUGUCCAUGCAGCCUCCUGUGUCCAUGCAGCCUCCUGAGCCUAGGACACAGCAGUCAUGGAGGAGGGAUCCAGAGACCAGGGACAACAAGGUGUGGGGACAACAGAUCCUGAGGAGGACUCUCCCAACAUGAUCGUCUACAGAAAGGUAUGUGUCUGUAUGCUCUCUGACAGCCCAUAUAGCAAGGUAUAGGACAAUUUUAUAAUUUACAAGAUGGUACAGACUCUAUAGGUAAGCACCCAAUGUAGUUAUCCAUUGGAAGACAUGGAGCAAUUUAAUUUGAAUGUUUCUGAAGCAGAUUGGUACAGUAAUGAAUCUCACAGUGGUUUCUGACACCUCAGCGGUUUAUCUCUCAAUGUCUAUAACACAUUACAUCUCAAUAUCUGAGCCAGAUGAAUAUGACAGGAAGAGGCCUACCCACUGGCAGGUAAUGGAACAUGUUCUAAACCCUCCUUGUGUGUGUCUGUCAGAGACAACCGCUGAUGUGACCCACACUGGCCACCACACACUUCUUCUGGCAGCCUGGCAGACUGUCUGCACUCUGCAGCCCUCUAAAGUUUUAAUAAGCUCUCCAUCAGUGUGGGUUUGGGGAAGAAAAGGUCCUUUAUGUGUCAAGGGUAAUUAUACAAUCCCUAUGGCACUUGAGUCUCAAUGCCUGUGCUUCGAUAGGAGAAGACAAAGGAGAGGGUGAGCGGCACCAUGGGUAAUGAUGUAGUAGGACUCACAGGAAGUGGCUGCUCCUCCAAGGCUGGGCUCGUCUGCUUUCUCUGGAGCUGCUCAUAAAGUGCUUGUUACCUUCACUCUCAGCUCCACAGCUCGCUCGGCACAGACAGGCCCACUCAAAAACCUGCUUUUGAUCACCCUAAACUAAUCUCCCAACUAGUCCCAAUGUGCUGACGAUUGCGAAACUAAAGCAAAGAGUUGAUAGAUCGAGGCCUGAUUCCAUUCUGUUAUUAUUGUCGCUUUUGCUAAUGACAAUGCAAUAGUGGGGAGAGAAAAACUAAUGAUUUGAGAAAAGGAAUGGAGUCAAUGGAAGAUUGAUGAUGAUAUCGUUCAGGAAGACAUCUUUCACUGAUUGAACUUCUCUCUCUAAUGUCUGUCUGAAGAUGAGUAUGAUUAUGGGAAGAUAAUGAUUAUAAUGAUCUGUGCCUUGUUCAGUGCUGAAAUAAGGUUCCUAGAAUGAUCACUUAACCUCUACGGGAUCGAUGUCCCGUAUACGGGACGGUUGAGCUAACGAGAAUGAUCACUUAACCCCCAAGCUUCCACUUCCCCUGUCCACCUGAAUGAGCAGUCAGAACAUAAGCAGGCUUAAUGUGUUUUAAUGUGGUCACACGCCGUAAAGAGAUGUUGAACAGUGGCUCUACAUGUCAGACACCACACAAUCAAAUGAAGAUUGAAGCAAAUGUAGACAGCUUUAUCUCCUAGAGCAGUGGUUCCCAAACUGUGGGUUGGGACCCACUUGUGGGUUGAGGCAGGGGUCCAGGUGGCUCGUGGGAUUACAUUUUUUGUGCAUUGCAAUAAAAUAAAAUACAUAAAUACUUUAUAUACAGUAAGGAAAAAAAGUAUUUAGUCAGCCACCAAUUGUGCAAGUUCUCCCACUUAAAAAGAUGAGAGAGGCCUGUAAUUUUCAUCAUAGGUACACGUCAACUAUGAGACAAAUUGAGACGAAAAAAAUCCAGAAAAUCACAUUGUAGGAUUUUUUAUGAAUUUAUUUGCAAAUUAUGGCUGAAAAUUAGUAUUUAGUCACCUACAAACAAGCAAGAUUUCUGGCUCUCACAGACCUGUAACUUCUUAUUUAAGAGGCUCCUCUGUCCUCCACUCGUUACCUUUAUUAAAGGCACCUGUUUGAACUUGUUAUCAGUAUAAAAGACACCUGUCCACAACCUCAAACAGUCACACUCCAAACUCCACUAUGGCCAAGACCAAAGAGCUGUCAAAGGACACCAGAAACAAAAUUGUAGACCUGCACCAGGCUGGGAAGACUGAAUCUGCAAUAGGUAAGCAGCUUGGUUUGAAGAAAUCAACUGUGGGAGCAAUUAUUAGGAAAUGGAAGACAUACAAGACCACUGAUAAUCUCCCUCGAUCUGGGGCUCCACGCAAGAUCUCACCCCGUGGGGUCAAAAUGAUCACAAGAACGGUGAGCAAAAAUCUCAGAACCACACGGGGGGACCUAGUGAAUGACCUGCAGAGAGCUGGGACCAAAGUAACAAAGCCUACCAUCAGUAACACACUACGCCGCCAGGGACUCAAAUCCUGCAGUGCCAGACGUGUCCCCCUGCUUAAGCCAGUACAUGUCCAGGCCCGUCUGAAGUUUGCUAGAGUGCAUUUGGAUGAUCCAGAAGAGGAUUGGGAGAAUGUCAUAUGGUCAGAUGAAACCAAAAUAGAACUUUUUGGUAAAAACUCAACUCGUGUUUGGAGGACAAAGAAUGCUGAGUUGCAUCCAAAGAACACCAUACCUACUGUGAAGCAUGGGGGUGGAAACAUCAUGCUUUGCGGCUGUUUUUCUGCAAAGGGACCACGACGACUGAUCCGUGUAAAGGAAAGAAUGAAUGGGGCCAUGUAUCGUGAGAUUUUGAGUGAAAACCUCCUUCCAUCAGCAAGGGCAUUGAAGAUGAAACGUGGCUGGGUCUUUCAGCAUGACAAUGAUCCCAAACACACCGCCCGGGCAACGAAGGAGUGGCUUCGUAAGAAGCAUUUCAAGGUCCUGGAGUGGCCUAGCCAGUCUCCAGAUCUCAACCCCAUAGAAAAUCUUUGGAGGGAGUUGAAAGUCUGUGUUGCCCAGCGACAGCCCCAAAACAUCACUGCUCUAGAGGAGAUCUGCAUGGAGGAAUGGGCCAAAAUACCAGCAACAGUGUGUGAAAACCUUGUGAAGACUUACAGAAAACGUUUGACCUGUGUCAUUGCCAACAAAGGGUAUAUAACAAAGUAUUGAGAAACUUUUGUUAUUGACCAAAUACUUAUUUUCCACCAUAAUUUGCAAAUAAAUUCAUUAAAAAUCCUACAAUGUGAUUUUCUGGAAUUAUUUUUCUCAUUUUGUCUGUCAUAGUUGACGUGUACCUAUGAUGAAAAUUACAGACCUCUCUCAUCUUUUUAAGUGGGAGAACUUGCACAAUUGGUGGCUGACUAAAUACUUUUUUUUCCCCUACUGUAUACAGUGCUUUCAGAAAGUAUUCAGACCCCUUGACUUUUUCCACAUUUUGUUACGUUACAGCCUUAUUCUAAAAUUGAUAAAAAAUAUAAAAAAAUACUCAGCAAUCUACACACAAUACCCCAUAAUGACAAAUCAAAAACAGGUUUAUAGAAUCUUUCAAAUUUAUAAAAAUAAAAAUCAGAAAUACCUUAUUCACAUAAGUAUUCAGACCCUUUGCUAUGAGUGUUGAAAUUGAGCUCAGGUGCAUCCUGUUUCCAUUGAUCAUCCUUGAGAUGUUUCUACAACUUGAUUGGAGUCCACCUGUGGUUAAUUCAAUUGAUUGGACAUGAUUUGGAAAGGCACACAGUUGACAGUGCAUGUCAGAUCAAAAACCAAGCCAUGAGGUCGAAGGAAUUGUCCAUAGAGCUCCGAGACAGGAUUGUGUCGAGGCACAGAUCUGGGGAAGGGCACCAAAACAUUUCUGAAGCAUUGAAGGUCCCCAAGAACACAGUGGCCUCCAUCAUUCUUAAAUGGAAGAAGUUUGGAACCACCAGGACUCUUCCUAGAGCUGGCCGCCUGGCCAAACUGAGCAAUCGGGGAAGAAGGGCCUUGGUCAGGGAGGUGACCAAGAACCCGAUGGUCACUCUGACAGAGCUCCAGAGUUCCUCUGUGGAGAUGGGAGAACCUUCCAGAAGGACAACCAUCUCUGCAACACUCCACCAAUCAGGCCUUUAUGGUAGAGUGACCAGACGGAAGCCACUCCUCAGUAAAAGGCACAUGACAGCCCGCUUGGGGUUUGCCUAAAGACACCUAAAGACUCACAGACCAUGAGAAACAAGAUUCUCUGGUCUGAUGAAACCAAGAUUGAACUCUUUGGCCUGAAUGCCAAGAAUCACGUCUGGAGAAAACCUGGCACCAUCCCUACUGUGAAGCAUGGUGGUGGCAGCAUCAUGCCGUGGGAAUAUUUUUCAGCGGCAGGGACUGGGAGACUAGUCAGGAUCGAGGGAAAGAUGAACAGAGCAAAGUACAGAGAGAUCCUUGAUGAAAACCUGCUCCAGAGCGCUCAGGACCUCAUACUGGGGCGACGGUUCACCUUCCAACAGGACAACGACCCUAAGCACACAGCCAAGACAACGCAGGAGUGGCUUCGGGACAAGUUUCUGAAUGUCCUUGAUUGGCCCAGCCAGAGCCCGAACUUGAACCCGAUCUAACAUCUCUGGAGAGACCUGAAAAUAGCUGUGCAGCAACGCUCCCCAUCCAACCUGACAGAGCUUGAGAGGAUCUGCAGAGAAGAAUGGGAGAAACUCCCCAAAUACAGGUGUGCCAAGCUUGUAGCGUCAUACCCAAGAAAACUCAAAGCUGUAAUCGCUGCCAAAGAUUCUUCAACAAAGGACUGAGUAAAGGGUCUGAAUACUUAUGUAAAUGUGAUAUUUCAGUUUUUAAUUUUUAAUAAAUUAGCAACAAUUUCUAAAAAACUGUUUUUGCUUUGUUAUUAUGGGGUAUUGUGUAUAGAUUGAUGAGUGAAAAAAACAAUUUAAUCAAUUUUAGAAUAAGGCUGUAACCUAACAAAAUGUGGAGAAAGUCAAGGGGUCUGAACACUUUCCGAAGGCACUGUAUAUAUAUAUAUAUAAAAAUAAAAAAUAAUAGCCUAUAAUCUUUGAGAACUUACAAUCACCAAAAUAAAAUCUAGACCAAGUGUGAAAGUAAGCCUGUACGGUCAGGGAAGGCAUCCCGGAAAAAUAAAUAGUGGGGGUCAGCAGUAGGUCAAGUCAGGUGUAGGCCUAAUUACAAUCGCAGAAUGUCAUUACAAUACACUUUUAGGUGUUUUGUAACGGAUGUCUCUUUCCAUUCAUCAAAUUGCGGGUGCACAGUGCACUGUUUGAAUUAUUUUGUAAGUGGAGGAGCGUGCGUGGGUAGCCUGCAGGAGCGCCUUUUUGAAGUGAUUGUUUGACAAUCAGAUGGAAACAUCAUGAUUAGAGUUGUUGCAUGACUUUAUAUAACUGCCGUAAUGUUGCUGGACCCCAGUAAGAGUAUCUGCUGCCUUAAUGUUUCUGGAUCCUUAAUAAAUACAAAUACCUAUUACCGCCACACCGGCGGUCACAGUAAAAUUCCCUGUGACUGCUGAGUCACGGUAAACUCCUCUUAUGCACUCUGGACAUGAGUUGGUAGUACCCAACUCGGUAAUGACCAUCAGGUUGCUAAUGGCCUGGUACUCAGGGCUGUACUGUCUCUCUAACCACUCUGACAUCAAUGCAAAUGCAAUCGAAAAUCACAUCAAACACUUAUCAUCAAAACAGUAUGUGCUUUUAAAACUCACCUCACUGUGAUUGAUCCAUUUGAAGAAAUAAGUUAAACAAAGGUUGAAACUGAGUGGAAAACAUGGUCAUUGUGGAUGUUGUUUCAAAGCCUAGCACAAGGAAAUGGACAGCGCUUUCUAAGGUGAUGAUUAAUUCAAAACCCUCAUACGCAUAUUAGGGUUUAUGCAUACACGUACAGUGGCUUGCGAAAGUAUUCACCCCCCUUGGCAUUUUUCCUAUUUUGUUGCCUUACAACCUGGAUUUUAAAAUGAAUAUUUGGGGGGUUUGUAUCAUUUGAUUUACACAACAUGCCUACCACUUUGAAGAUGCAAAAUAUUUUUUGGGGUGAAACAAAAAAGAAAUAAGACAAAAAAACAGAAAACUUGAGCGUGCUUAACUAUUCACCCACCCAAAGUCAAUACUUUGCAGAGCCACCUUUUGCAGCAAUUACAGCUGCAAGUCUCUUGGGGUAAGUCUCUAUAAGCUUGGCACAUCUAGCCACUGGGAUUUUUGCCCAUUCUUCAAGGCAAAACUGAUCCAGCUCCUUCAAGUUGGAUGGGUUCCGCUGGUGUACAGCAAUCUUUAAGUCAUACAACAGAUUGUCAAUUGGAUUGAGGUCUGGGCUUUGACCAAGACAUUUAAAUGUUUCCCCUUAAACCACUCGAGUGUUGCUUUAGCAGUAUGCUUAGGGUCAUUGUCCUGCUGGAAGGUGAACCUCCGUCCCAGUCUCAAAUCUCUGGAAGACUGAAACAGGUUUCCCUCAAGAAGUUCCCUGUAUUUAGCGCCAUCCAUCAAUUCUGACCAGUUUCCCAGUCCCUGCCGAUGAAAAAACAUCCCCACAGCAUGAGGGUGUUCUCAGGGUGAUGAGAGGUGUUGGGUUUGUGCCAGACAUAGUGUUUUCCUUGAUGGCCAAAAAGCUCAAUUUUAGUAUCAUCUGACCAGAGUACAUUCUUCCAUAUGUUUGGGGAGUCUCCCACAUGCCUUUCGGCGAACAACAAACGUGUUUCCUUAUUUUUUUCUUUAAGCAAUGGCUUUUUUCCGGCCACUCUUCCGUAAAGCCCAGCUCUGUUGAGUGUAUGGCUUAAAGUGGUCAUAUGGACAGAUAUUCCAAUCUCCGCUGUGGAGCUUUGCAGCUCCUUCAGGGUUAUCUUUGGUCUCUUUGUUGCCUCUCUGAUUAAUGCCCUCCUUGCCUGGUCCGUGAGUUUUGGUGGGCGGCUCUCUCUUGGCAGGUUUGUUGUGGUGCCAUAUUCUUUCAAUUUUUUAAAUAAUGGAUUUAAUAGUGCUCUGUGGGAUGUUCAACGUUUUUGAUAUUUUUUAAUAACCCAACCAUGAUCUGUAAUUCUCCACAACUUUGUCCCUGACCUGUUUGGAGAGCUCCUUGGUCUUCAUGGUGCCGCUUACUUGGUGGUGCCCCUUGCUUAGUGGUGUUGCAGACUCUGGGGCCUUUCAGAACAGGUGUAUAUAUAUACUGAGAUCAUGUGACAGAUCAUGUGACACUUAGAUUGCACACAGGUGGAUUUUAUUUAACUAAUAAUGUGACUUCUGGAGGUAAUUGGUUGCACAGGAUCUUAUUUAGGGGCUUCAUAGCAAAGGGGGUGAAUACAUAUGCACACACCCCUUUUCCAUUAUUUAUUUUCUAGAAUUUUUUUCAUUUCACUUCACCAAUUUGGACUAUUUUGUGUAUGUCCAUUACAUGAAAUCCAAAUAAAAAUUAAUUUAAAUUACAGGGUGUAAUACAACAAAAUUGGAAAAGUGCCAAGGGGGAUGAAUACUUUUGCAAGGCACUGUAUAAUAAUUGUGCCCUUAUACAAUACAUAGCCUACCACAUAUUAUGCACAGCAGAAAAACUUUUUUUUUUAAACGACUUCAGAUGUCUUUGGUACAUAAUUGGUCUAGCCUAUACUCCAAAAUUAAACAAAUUAUACUAAUCGCCUUUGAGUGUGGACUGUAUUAUUAUGCAUACUGGAUGGACUGCUUACCUUAUGCUAUGCUUCAAACAUUCUAUUCAUGAGUCUGGGAGAGAAUGUAUAGGCCUAAGCGAUGCUCUAGGUUCAUUGAUUGUGCAGGCGGCUAAACCUACAAUUUAGCCGCCUUUGUAUUUGAUUUUGAAUAGCCUAGUAAUAGGGCAUUUUUUUAAUUGUCAUAAUUAAUAGGCUGACAUAUUAUCUUUAGCUACAGAAUAUCUCACCACUGUGCCUUUCCAUCUCCUCCUCUCUCUCCUUCAUUCCUUUCUCCAGUGUGAAGAAAGAGAGAGGGGCUGUCAGCAGUUUUGUUGUGAAAACAUGUUACUAGGUUUCCCAAAUUAAGCACUGGGUAAAUACAGGAACAGGACUGGAGAGCCCAUGGCAUACAGAGUUUGGGCGGAAUAUCACCUGUCGCGCAGCGAGAGGCUGCAUACUCCUCAAACAGUGGUUGAUGCAUGCAGUGAAAUAACCUGAGUAGCCUGAAAAAGGAACCAGCCGGGAAAGCGGCCUCCAUUCACUAUUGGAGUGUAUAUGAAUUACAUGUCUUUUUCCCCUGCCCCUGUUCCUGCCCAUUUAAUAAUGGGCCAUUCUAAAUCGAAACUCAUUUGACAUAUUAGUAAAGACAAGAUUACAUUUAGAAUAGUGAAAAUAUGAUCACUUGAUGAGAGAACAGCUGUGCAGCCUGAGGCAAGCAAUAGAGCACAAGCUUUUUUUGCUACUUUCUCAAAUCAUCAAUAGCCUAUAGUCGCAUCAUGCAGCCCAUAUAUGUUUUGACUUCUAAGACAUUCUAUGGUUUGUAUCAUUCACAACUAAAGUUGCCAAAUAACUCUAAAUCUAGCGUAUAGGACCUGUUUCAAAUUAUUACUUUUACGCUUAACAUAGCCACUUCAUACACGCACUCACUCCGGAAUGGGAAAAAUAUCGUUUCUAUUUUAUUCAGCUAAAUUCAAUUAUAUUCUUCUUACAAUAAAACCAUAUAAUAUAAAAUAAUGGCACAGGACUUAUAAGCAUAUCUUCUCUGCUAAAUGAACAAGCCAACAGCCUAUGGCAUGGCGAUAGCCAGAUAACAUACAGUAGGCCAACUCAUAUUCUGUUCUUCUGAAAUAAAUGUUCUUCAUAUCAUAAUGUUUAUUUAGACUUGACUAAAAUAAAUAAUGGAUUUAUUGUGAUGGUGCAUAUUAAAUCGAUUUUUGACUUUUCUAAAUGUAGAUGUUCCAAAGGCGCGCAUCAGCGGCUUGUAUGCAUGGAGGCCUGGAGAUGGUAAACGUGUUUAUGUUAAUUAACGGUCAAGUACAAUGAGACCGGCAGGCUUUUGCAUGACAAUAACUGGCUGACAAAAUGUCAUGACUGCCACAGCCCUAAUCAUGACUGGUUGUGUUUAUGCCACAGUAAACGAUAAUACCUGUUAAAAGUUACAUGACACAUCUUUACUAGGCCCACAGAAAUCAUAUGAAAUUAAUAGGGAUUUUAUAUGUAAUUCUAUGAUUACACCAAUAAAAAAAGAGGGAGUCCUGUACCGGUAAGACAUUUAAUCGACUUUCACCCCUGAGCUAGACUGUCACGGUUUCGGCCAAGGCUGCCUCUCUUCCUUGUUCGGGCAGGCUUCGGCGUUCGUUGUCUCCGGAAUACUAGCUGCCACCGUUGUAUGUUUCAUGUUCGUUUGCUUUUGUCUGUUUGUUGUGACACCUGUUCUCGUUUAGCGUAAUUAGUGUCCUAUAAGUUUCUCGUUGUGUUUGUCUAGUGUUGUGUGUUAUUGAUUUAGGUCUGUCGUGUGUUGGGCUUGUAUUUUGCUAUUUCGCUCGGUUGAGCUUUCCUCCACUGCGUUGGAGCGUUUUUCGCACCUGUUUAGUGCGCCUUUUGUUUUGUUCGCCUUCGUGCGUAAUUUCGCCUUCGGGCAAGUCUGUUCGUAUUUUUCCUUGUUGGAAAUUGACUAAAGUCUUUUGGACUAUACUUCGGUGUCCUGCGUUUGAUUCCACCACUACACCCACCUACAGCAUUCGUGACAGAAUAACACACCCUGAAGAAUGGAAUCAGCAGGAGCCGCAGCAGCCCAGGCGACGCUGGAGGACAAGGUCCGGGAACAAAGUGACCAGAUCCUGCAGAUGGGGACCGCACUGCAGGAGGUGAUCACCACCAUCCGAGGCUGGGGGACGCCUCCACCGCCAUCCUCCCUGCCAGCACCAUCGGCCAGUCAGCCCAUUCCCGCACCGGAACCCCGAGGAGUCCGACUCUCGCUCCCGAGGGCCUACGAUGGGACCGCGGCCGGGUGUCAGGGAUUCCUUCUCCAGGUGGAGCUGUACCUGGCCACCGUGCACCCGGCGCCCUCGGGACAUGAGAGCGUGUCCGCCCUGAUCGCCUGCCUUUCCGGGAAGGCGUUGGAAUGGGCCAACGCGGAGUGGAGGAGGAUCGACGCGGACACCAUCACAUACGACGAGUUCUCCCGCCGCUUCAGGGCGGUGUUUGACCAUCCCCCGGAGGGGAAAGCGGCGGGGGGAGCGUCUGGUCUUCCUCCGGCAGGGGAGGAGGAGUGCCCAGGAGUUCGCCCUCGAAUUCCGUACUCUAGCGGCAGAUGCAGGGUGGAAUGAGCGGGCUCUCGUCGAUCACUACAGAUGUAGUCUACGAGAGGACGUCCGUCGGGAGCUGGCCUGUAGGGACACCAGCCUCUCGUUCGACCAGUUGGUCGACAUGUCCAUCAGGCUGGAUAACCUGCUAGCUACCCGCGGACGUCCCGAGGGGGGUCCGUCCAUUUCACCCUCCAGCGCCUCCGAGCCGUGCCCCAUGGAGCUCGGGGGCGCUGGCGCUAGAGAGAGGAGGGGUCGGCUUACUAGGGGAUCCAUCUCCUGCACCAACUGUGGUCGGGGAGGACACACCGCGGCUAGGUGCUGGGGAUGGCCUCCUAGGGGAGAGGACGACAGGUCCCGCACUGGGGAUUCCUUCCAGGUGAGUACGCGCCCCACUCACCCAGAGCUCUCUGUUGCACAUUUCUGUAUACCUGUGAGUUUUCCACAGGUAGCACCUCAUUCCCAGCAUAAGGCGCUGGUAGAUUCAGGCGCGGCUGGGAAUUUUGUUGAUAAGAAGUUUUGUUUAGCCUUAGGGAUUCCCCUUCUUCCUGUUGAUGUCCCUUUCCCCGUUCAUGCCCUAGAUAGCCGUCCGUUGGGUGCGGGCUUGAUCAGGGAAGUCACUGCGCCACUUAGGAUGUGUGCGCAGGGGGGUCAUCAGGAGAUGAUUCAGCUAUUUCUGAUUGACUCGCCUGCGUAUCCGGUGGUGCUGGGCAUGCCCUGGUUGAGUACCCAUAACCCAUCUAUUUCGUGGCAGGAGAGGGCUCUGAUGGAGUGGUCUGCCCAGUGUGUGGGUCGAUGUUUGGGCGUUUCCGUAGGGGCUACCUCGGUGGAGAGUCCAAACCAGGUGCCCGCAUUGCACGUUCCCCCUGAGUAUGGGGAUUUGGCUAUCGCGUUUAGUAAGUCGAGGGCGACGCGGUUGCCACCCCAUAGGCAGGGAGAUUGUGCGAUAGACCUCCAGGCAGGAGCUGCGCUCCCACGGAGCCAUGUGUAUCCUCUGUCUCAGGAGGAGAAGAAAGCUAUGGAGACUUACAUAGACGAAUCUCUGAGACAAGGAUACAUACGGCCUUCCACUUCCCCUGCGUCCUCAAGUUUCUUUUUUGUGAAGAAGAAGGAUGGUGGUUUACGCCCGUGCAUCGAUUACCGUGGUCUCAAUCAGAUCACGGUGAAGUACAGUUAUCCACUCCCGCUGAUUGCGACCAUGACUGAGUCCUUGCAUGGGGCGCGUUUCUUCACUAAAUUAGAUCUCAGGAGCGCGUACAACUUGGUGCGCAUCAGGGAGGGCGAUGAAUGGAAGACAGCCUUUAGUACCACCUCGGGCCAUUACGAGUAUCUUGUCAUGCCAUACGGGUUGAUGAACGCUCCGUCAGUUUUCCAAUCAUUCGUGGAUGAGAUCUUCAGGGACAUGCAGGGGCAGGGGGUCGUUGUGUACAUAGAUGACAUUCUCGUGUACUCGCCUACCCGUGUCGAGCAUGUGGCCCUGGUGCGCAGAGUGUUGCGGAGGCUGGUGGAGCACGACUUGUAUGUUAAGGCAGAGAAGUGUCUGUUUUUCCAGGAGUCGGUCUCCUUUUUGGGGUAUCAGUUGUCUGCGUCAGGGGUGAAGAUGGAGGUAGACCGGGUGUCAGCCAUGCGUAAUUGGCAAACACCAACCACUGUGAAGGAGGUGCAGCAGCUUUUGGGGUUUGCGAAUUACUACCGGAGGUUUAUCCGGGGUUUUGGACAGGUGGCAGCUCCCAUCACGUCUCUUUUGAAGGGGGGUCCGGUGCGUCUGCAGUGGUCUGCCGAGGCGGACAGGGCGUUUGGGAGGCUGAAGGACCUGUUUACCUCGGCCCCGGUGCUGGCGCAUCCGGAUCCCUCUUUACCAUUUCAGGUAGAGGUGGACGCGUCUGAGGCCGGUAUAGGAGCCGUGCUUUCACAACGGUCAGGCGCGCCACCUAAACUCCGCCCCUGUGCCUUUUAUUCCAAGAAGCUCAGUCCGGCGGAGUGAAACUAUGACGUAGGGGACAGGGAGCUGUUAGCCGUGGUACAGGCCCUAAAGGUGUGGAGGCACUGGCUUGAGGGGGCUCAACACCCUUUCCUCAUUUUGACGGACCACCGUAACCUGGAGUACAUCCGGGCAGCGAGGAGGCUAAACCCUCGGCAGGCAAGAUGGAAUAUGUUUUUGACCCGGUUUACAUUUAAGAUCACGUACAUCCCUGGGUCACAGAACGGUAAGGCAGAUGCGCUGUCUCGGCGGUAUGACACGGAGGAGAGGUCCGUGGAGCCCACUCCCAUACUGCCGGAGUCGUGUCUGGUGGCACCGGUAGUGUGGGAGGUCGAUGCUGAGCUCGAGCGGGCGUUACGCACCGACCCUAGUCCACCGCAAUGCCCGGAGGGUCGGAAGUACGUUCCGCUCGAGGUUCGGGAUCGAUUGAUCUAUUGGGCUCACACGUCACCCUCCUCUGGACACCCGGGUAUCGGCCGGACAGUGCACUGUCUUAGUGCCAAGUACUGGUGGCCCACGUUGGCAAGGGAUGUGAGGGUUUAUGUUUCCUCCUGCUCGGUGUGCGCCCAGUGUAAGGCGCCUAGACAUCUGCCUAGGGGUAAGUUACUACCCCUGCCCGUUCCACAACGACCAUGGUCCCACCUCUCGGUGGAUUUCCUUACUGAUCUUCCUCCUUCACAGGGGAAUACCACUAUACUGGUCGUUGUGGACCGGUUUUCUAAGGCCUGUCGUUUGCUCCCCAUGCCGGGCCUUCCUACCGCCCUGCAAACUGCCGAAGCCCUAUUCACCCAUGUGUUCCGGCACUACAUCGUACCCGAGGAUAUUGUGUCUGAUCGAGGUCCCCAAUUUACCUCCAGAGUCUGGAGAGCUUUUAUGGAGCGGUUGGGGGUCUCGGUGAGCCUCACCUCGGGUUACCACCCGGAGAGUAAUGGGCAGGUGGAACGUGUGAACCAGGAUGUGGGUAGGUUUCUUAGAACAUACUGCCAGGACCGGCCGGAGGAGUGGGCAAGGUACGUUCCCUGGGCCGAAAUGGCCCAGAAUUCCCUACGCCAUUCCUCCACUAACCUAACCCCUUUCCAAUGUGUGUUAGGUUACCAGCCGGUUCUGGCACCUUGGCAGCAGAGCCAGAUCGAGGCUCCUGCGGUGGAUGAGUGGGCGCGGCGCUCGGAGGAGACAUGGAACGCUGCACACGUCCACCUGCAGCGGGCCCUCCGACGUCAUAAGGCGAGCACCGAUCUCCACCGCAGUGAGGGACCGGUGUACGCACCUGGUGAUCGAGUCUGGCUCUCUACCAGAAACCUGCCCCUCCGCCUGCCCUGUCGGAAACUGGGUCGGCGGUUUGUAGGGCCAUUUAAAGUCCUGGGAAGGUUGAACGAGGUGUGUUACAAAUUACAACUACCUGUUGAAUAUAAAAUUAUUAACCCCUCGCUCCAUGUGUCCCUUCUCAGGCCGGUGGUAGCUGGCCCACUCCAAGAAAGUGAGAUCAGGGAGACUCCUCCGCCCCCAUUGGACAUCGAGGGGGCACCGGCGUACUCCGUGAGGUCCAUCUUGGAUUCGAGACGUCGGAUGGGGGGUCUCCAAUAUCUAGUGGAGUGGGAGGGGUACGGUCCGGAGGAGCGGUGCUGGGUGCCGAGGAGAGACAUUCCUGACGGAAUUCCAUCGUGGGCACCCGACGCACCCUGCUCCGCGUCCUCCGGGUCGUCCCCGAGGCCGGAGUCGGCGCACGUCUGGAGCCGCGCGUCAAGGGAGGGGUACUGUCACGGUUUCGGCCAAGGCUGCCUCUCUUCCUUGUUCGGGCAGGCUUCGGCGUUCGUUGUCUCCGGAAUACUAGCUGCCACCGUUGUAUGUUUCAUGUUCGUUUGCUUUUGUCUGUUUGUUGUGACACCUGUUCUCGUUUAGCGUAAUUAGUGUCCUAUAAGUUUCUCGUUGUGUUUGUCUAGUGUUGUGUGUUAUUGAUUUAGGUCUGUCGUGUGUUGGGCUUGUAUUUUGCUAUUUCGCUCGGUUGAGCUUUCCUCCACUGCGUUGGAACGUUUUUCGCACCUGUUUAGUGCGCCUUUUGUUUUGUUCGCCUUCGUGCGUAAUUUCGCCUUCGGGCAAGUCUGUUCGUAUUUUUCCUUGUUGGAAAUUGACUCAAGUGUUUUGGACUAUACUUCGGUGUCCUGCGUUUGAUUCCACCACUACACCCACCUACAGCAUUCGUGACAUAGACAAUUAGGCUACAAUUGAUUUUGUUAUAAUGUUUGAGCAUAAGAAUAUAGCAUUAGCCAUGUCAAAAUGUGUAGAAUUGCAGGAAAUUUGCUUAAAAUGGCUACAUUUUCCCUCAGCUCCAUGGCAAAAAGUAUAGAAUUGCUAUAAAUUGGCUUUAAAACUAAAUUAGCUUAAAACUGCUAAUUGUUCUUUCAGCUCCAUGGAAAAAUGUGUAGAAUUGCAGGAAAUUAGCCAUAAAACUGCAACAUUUUCUCUCCACUGCCAAGAUGAGGGCCUCAAAUGUUCUUGCCCAGGGCCCAGACAGAAUUCAGCCCAUUGCCAUGCCCCCUGUCACGCCCACCACCUAAGACCCUUUUUGAUACAGAAAAACCCCUGCAUUGUUACAAAUAAUUUCAUUAUUAUAUAGUAAAUGUCUUAAAAUUGGUCACAAGAGCCCAUACUCAAAUCUACAUUCAGUUGAAUGUUUUGAAGAAACAUUAUAUUAUUAAUAUAUUUUUAACUUUUCUUUGGUCUGUGUAUGUUUUUUCACCGCUCAACACUUAUGGGGGGGGGGGUCGUGACUCAAAAGACACCUCAAUUGGUGGGUCACGAAGCCAAAAGGUUUGGGAACCCCUGUCCUAGAGUAUGACAUCUAACCGUCUGACACACUUCAAUAUCAUAAAUAUUCACCCUAUGUAGAUUGCAGACAGCUUUUCCAGCCUCUGAUCGUUCCUGGCAGAUGCACUCUGACAGUAAAUCGCUGCCUGGCCUGAGGGCUAGCAAUGCUUCCCGAUGAUGGCCUCAGUAAUCACAUUAGAAAUACAACAGGUGUAGACUAACAGUGAAAUGCUUGCUUACAGGUCCUUUUUCAACAAUGCAGAAUUAACCUCUACGAGAUCAGUGUCCCUUAUAUGGGACGGUUGAGCUAAUGUGCGCUAAUGUGAUUAGCAUGACUGUUGUAAGUGACAGCAAACUUUCCAGGACAUAGACAUGUCUUAUAUGGAUAGAAAACUUAAAUUAUUGUUAAUCUAUCUGCACUGUCCAAUUUACAGUAGCUAUUACAGUGAAAAAAUACCAUGCUAUUAUUUGAGGAGAGUGCACAACAACAAAAACUUAUCACGGCAACUGGUUUGAUACAUUCACCUCUGAAGGUAAAUAAUGUACUUACAUUCAGUAAUCGUGCUCUGAUUUGUCAUCCUAAGGGUCCCAGAGAUAAAAUGUAGCAUAGUUUUGUUUGAUAAAAUCAAUUUUUAUAUUCAAAUGUAGGAACUGGGUUCUACAGUUUGAACCCCUGCUGUCUCUGGCUCCACACCCACCCCGCCCGGCCAUCUAGAUGUGUGAAAGUUAGUGUAUAAGCUAAUGAUCCAUCAUGUAUGACAUUCCUGGGAGUGUGUAAACUUACAUUUUGUAUUGCCAUAUCAUUAUUGUAUGUUCUCUACAGUUAUGUACUUGAAAAUGUAUCAAUUGACCAAUUCGGGACAUUUGGGCAGACUUGACACAAAAUAGUCCAGUAUUGCAAUGCUUCACUGGAUCAAUCUGAAACUUUGCACACACCCUGCUGCCAUCUAGUGGCCGACAUCUAAAUUGCGCCUAAACUGCAAUUUCAAAGAUGAUGGAACAAAACAAUAAAUAGAAAACGCAUGUUUUUUUGUUUGUAUUAUCUUUUACCAGAUCUAAUGUGUUACAUUCUCCUACAUUAAUUUCACAUUUCCACAAACUUCAAAGCGUUUUCUUUCAAAUGGUAUCAAUAAUAUGCAUAUCCUUGCUUCAGGUCCUGAGCUACAGGCAGUUAGAUUUGGGUAUGUCAUUUUAGGCGAAAAUUUAAAAAAGGGUCCGAUCCUUAAGAGGUUAAAGAAAAAAAUUAUAAUUGUGACACGAGGAAUAAAUACACAGUGAAUAAAGAAUAACAAUGAUAAGUAAAAAAUAACAUGGCUAUAUACAGGGAUUACCAGUACCAAGUCUAUGCAGGGGUACGAGGUAAUUGAGGUAGCUAUGUACAUAUAGGUAGGGUGAAAGUGACUAGGCAACAGGAGAGAUAAUAGACAGUAGCAGCAGCGGGUAGCCAUUUGAUUAGCUAUUUAGCAGUCUUGUUUAGCAGUUUUAUGGUUUGGGGGUAGAAACUGUUCAGGGUCCUAUUGGUUCCAGACUUGGUGGACUGGUACCACUUGCCGCGCGGUAGCAGAGAGAACAGUCUAUGGCUUGGGUGGCUGGAGUAAAUUUUUUGGGCCUUCCUCUGACACCGCCUGGUAUAGAGGUCCUUAAUGGCAGUGAUGUACUGGGCCGUACUCACCACCCUCUAUAGCGCCUUGCAGUUGCCGUACCAAGCGGUGAUACAGCCAGUCAAGAUGCUCUCAAUGGUGCACCUGUAGAACCUUUUGAGGAUCUGAGGGCCCAUAGCAAAUCUUUUCAGCCUUCUAAGGGGAAGAGGCACUGUCGUGCCCACAACUGUGUGUGUGUGUGUGGGGCAUGUUAAUUUCUUGUAAUGUGGAUAUCAAGGAACUUGAAGCUCUCGACCCGCUCCACUACAGCAUCAUUGAUGUCCUUGCCCCUCUGUUUCCUGUAGUCCACGAUCAGCUCCUUUGUCUUGCUGACGUUGAGGGAGAGGUUGUUGUCCUGGCAGUGUCUCUGACCUCUUCCCUAUAGGCUGCCUCAUCGUCGUCUGUGAUCAGUCCUACCACCGUUGUCGUGGGUGAACAGGGUGACUAAGCAAACACCCCUGAGGGGCCCCCGUGUUGAUGGUCAGUGUGAUGGAUAUGUUGUUGCCUACCCUCACCACCUGGGGGCGGCCCGUCAGGAAUUCCAGGAUCCAGUUGCAGAGGGAGGUGUUCAGUCUCAAGGUCCCAAGCUUGGUGAAGAGCUUGGAGGGGACUAUAGUGUUGAAUGCUGAGCUGUAGUCAAUGAACAGCAUUCUUACAUAGGUAUUCCUUUUGUCCAGGUGGUUGAGGGCAGUGUGGAGUGCAAUAGAGAUUGCGUCAUCUGUGGAUCUGUUGGAGUGGUAUGCAAAUUGGAGUGUGUCCAGGGUGUCUGGGAUAAUGGUGUUGAUGUGAGCCAUGACCAGCAUUUCAAAGCAUUUCAUGGAUAUAGAUGUGAGUGCUACGGGGUGAUAGACAUUUAGGCAGGUUAACUUGGCGUUCUUGGGCAUGGGGACUAUGGUGGUGUGCUUGAAACAAGUUGGUAUUACAGACCAGGUCAGGGAGAAGAUGUCUGUGAAGACACUUGCCAGCUGGUCAGCACAUGCUUUGAGUUGUUCUCUGAUGACAGGUAUCCUACUGCCUACUGGUGCUAUAGAAAUGGACUGUGUGUGUGUUUACAUGGAAAUUGUUCCAUGUUUUUCCAGGACCUUACAUGUUCUAUAAGGAGUGUGUGUGUGGGGGGGGGGGGGGGGGGGUGUAUGCUGGAUAAUUGGAUAUCCUAUUGCAGAAAAGUGCCCGGCUGUGCCAUUAAUUAUAUUUUACAGUAUUUUACACUGUAAGCAUUUUAAAAUGAUAUUCCUCUACCAUCUUGAAUCAUAAUGUUUCGACAGGUAGCUUAUGCGACACCAGUGCUGUCCCUGUUGUUGAACAGGGAACUGCCUGCAGGAAUAUUCAUAUUUUAAUCACCAACAUCGACAACUACAGCAGUCACAUGAUCAGACAGACAAACAUGAGUGGUUUGGCAUAGUCAGUGUGAAAUUAUGCUGGAGGUGCUGAGGUAGGACCAGAUGGCCAUCAAUAUGCUCUGCCACCUGGGAAUAGGCAAGGACCAUCGUCCCCUAAUCCUGGUCGCACAUCAGCCGGAAGAAAUGUAUGAUCCUAAUGCAAAGAGCAACGGGCAGUUACAGUACAGCCCACUACAGUAGGUAUGAAAACAUCAUGAGGGGUUUUCACCCCAGUCUCUGUAGCUGUGAAGAGGAAGAUGUAGAACGUGGGGCCAUUUACUGUAUGGACCUUAGUGCCAUGUCUAAGACUAUCUUUUGUUGAGAGUGAAUUGUAAUAAUAUUAAAUUGGAUGUGCAGUUAGAUGAAACUGACUGUGAUGACUACACAGAAAGUGGAGAAUUCCUGGCCGGUCUGGUCUUAGCAGCGUUAUAUUGUAUCUCAGAGAGGAAUUGUUGAAGCAAAACAAGGCAAUAACUGUGGUACACCUGUAAUGCAUGCACACACACACACACACACACACACACACACACACACACACACAUGCUUAUUUUACUAUCCUUGUGGGGACCAAACAAUUGAUUCCCAUUCAAAAUCCACUGCCCUAAAUCUGGGUUCUUCUCUGUGGGGGUGGCUUGCUGUAUACACAGCUAAUUGUUACCAAGGGACUCAUGGCAUGCUUUCUCUCUCUGCCUAGGAGAAUCAAGUGUUGGUCCUGUAUUUCAUCUGUUUGUAAUCAAGUGUUUAAAUGUGUGAUUUGAAUGUUGUUAUGUAUCCCAUUCAUACCUGAAUUGUGAGUGUAUAGGUGUGCUUUGCAUCAACCUCCAAUCCAGAUGAUUUUUGAACAAUCAUUAGUGUUGAUCGUGAGGGACUAACACAGAAAUGAGUCCUGCCGAGACCAAGUUGAUGAGGCAAUUUGUUGUGCCAACGCCUGUUGGGCAUUCUGAGAGUAAUGUUUCAUUACAGCUCCAUUCUCAGUUGCUCCACAGUGCAGAAAGCACACCCUGCCUAAAGUUAAUGUUCCAACACAACACAUAGCCUACUGUAUGUACUUCCUAAAAUACAGCUAUUUUCAAUGUGAAUGUUCUUUUGCUUGGUGGAUGGACUCUUUAGGCUGAUUUAAAGACGUCCGCCAGACAUUUUUUUAACUUUUACUGUUGAAAAGCGAUAUCCCAAGGAUAAAUAUAGUAAAGUACCCACACUAAAGGGUAAAAAAAUAUGUUUGAAUCAAAAUAGUGUUUUUUAGACACAACUGCAAACUUCAAGGAGUAGGGAGGGCAUUGGUGGGAAGUCAUGCUAUGUCAUGCUUUACCUGGACCAUCUAUUGAGAUGUGCCUUUUGUUAAGUAAAUCAGGUGUUAAAUUAGUUGAAAAGGAGACUGGAGUGCCACUUUAAGCCUAUGUCCCUAGAGUGAGAAGAUCUAAACAUAAUGUGUACUCCAACUGAUAUAUUAGUCUCAGUCAAGUGAUGCUGCUGAUAUGUUAACCAGCUGUUAUGUUUUACCAGCCCUCUAAGACUUAAAUGUCAUUACUGUUCAGUACACAUGAUAAUACAUGUUUAACAACAUAUUACACAGCAGAAUCAAUUCUGACUACACUGUGUACUUAGGCUCCAUUCCAUAAAAUGAUUGUAUUAAUAGGUGCAACAAAAGUCCCACAGUACGUGUCAGAUAGAUACCGGUUCUCUCUCUCUCUCUCUCUCUCUCUCUCUCUCUCUCUGCCUUCCCUCAUCUCUACCCUUAUGUCCAACUCUCUCUCUCUCUCUCUCUCUCUCUCUCUCUCUCUCUCUCUCUCUCUCUCUCUCUCUCUCUCUCUCUCUCUCUCUCUCUCUCUCUCGCUUCUCUCUCUCAAUUUCAAUUUCAAUUUAAGGGCUUUAUUGGCAUGGGAAACGUAUGUUAACAUUGCCAAAGCAAGUGAAGUAGAUAGUAAACAAAAGUGAAAUAAACAAUAAAAAUUAACAGUAAACAUUACACUCAGAAGUUCCAAAAGAAUAAAGACAUUUCAAAUGUCAUAUUAUGUCUAUAUACAGUGAGGGAAAAAAGUAUUUGAUCCCCUGCUGAUUUUGUACGUUUGCCCACUGACAAAGACAUGAUCAGUCUAUAAUUUUAAUGGUAGGUUUAUUUGAACAGUGAGAGACAGAAUAACAACAACAAAAUCCAGAAAAGCGCAUGUCAAAAAUGUUAUAAAUUGAUUUGUAUUUUAAUGAGGGAAAUAAGUAUUUGACCCCUCUGCAAAACAUGACUUAGUACUUGGUGGCAAAACCCUUGUUGGCAAUCACAGAGGUCAGACGUUUCUUGUAGUUGGCCACCAGGUUUGCACACAUCUCAGGAGGGAUUUUGUCCCACUCCUCUUUGCAGAUCUUCUCCAAGUCAUUAAGGUUUCCAGCUUGACGUUUGGCAACUUGAACCUUCAGCUCCCUCCACAGAUUUUCUAUGGGAUUAAGCUCUGGAGACUGGUUAGGCCAUUCCAGGACCUUAAUGUGCUUCUUCUUGAGCCACUCCUUUGUUGCCUUGGCCGUGUGUUUUGGGUCAUUGUCAUGCUGGAAUACCCAUCCACGACCCAUUUUCAAUGCCCUGGCUGAGGGAAGGAGGUUCUCACCCAAGAUUUGACGGUACAUGGCCCCGUCCAUCGUCCCUUUGAUGCGGUGAAGUUGUCCUGUCCCCUUAGCAGAAAAACACCCCCAAAGCAUAAUGUUUCCACCUCCAUGUUUGACAGUGGGGAUGGUGUUCUUGGGGUCAUAGGCAGCAUUCCUCCUCCUCCAAACACGGCGAGUUGAGUUGAUGCCAAAGAGCUCGAUUUUGGUCUCAUAUGACCACAACACUUUCACCCAGUUCUCCUCUGAAUCAUUCAGAUGUUCAUUGGCAAACUUCAGACGGGCCUGUAUAUGUGCUUUCUUGAGCAGGGGGACCUUGCGGGCACUGCAGGAUUUCAGUCCUUCACGUCGUAGUGUGUUACCAAUUGUUUUCUUGGUGACUAUGGUCCCAGCUGCCUUGAGAUCAUUGUCAAGAUCCUCCCGUGUAGUUCUGGGCUGAUUCCUCUCUCAUGAUCAUUGCAACUCCACGAGGUGAGAUCUUGCAUGGAGCCCCAGGCCGAGGGAUAUUGACAGUUCUUUUGUGUUUCUUCCAUUUGCGAAUAAUCGCACCAACUGUUGUCACCUUCUCACCAAGCCGCUUGGCGAUGGUCUUGUAGCCCAUUCCAGCCUUGUGUAGGUCUACAAUCUUUCCCUGACAUCCUUGGAGAGCUCUUUGGUCUUGGCCAUGGUGGAGAGUUUGGAAUCUGAUUGAUUGCUUCUGUGGACAGGUGUCUUUUAUACAGGUAACAAACUGAGAUUAGGAGCACUCCCUUUAAGAGUGUGCUCCUAAUCUCAGCUCGUUACCUGUAUAAAAGACACCUGGGAGCCAGAAAUUUUUCUGAUUGAGAGGGUGUCAAAUACUUAUUUCCCUCAUUAAAAUGCAAAUCAAUGUAUAACAUUUUUUACAUGCAUUCUUCUGAAUUUUGUUUUGUUAUUCUGUCUCUCACUGUUCAAAUAAACCUACCAUUAAAAUUAUAGACUGAUCAUUUAUUUGUCAGUGGGCAAACGUACAAAAUCAGCAGGGGAUCAAAUACUUUUUUCCCUCACUGUACAGUGUUGUAACAAUGUGCAAAUAGUUAAAGUACAAAUGGGAAAAUAAAUAAACAUAAAUAUGGGUUGUAUUUACAAUGUUUGUUCUUCACUGGUUGCCCUUUUCUUGUGGCAACAGGUCACAAAUCUUGCUGCUGUGAUGGCACCCAGUAGAUAAGGGAGUUGAUCAAAAUUGGGUUUGUUUUCGAAUUCUUUGUGGAUCUGUGUAAUCUGAGGGAAAUAUGUGUCCCUAAUAUGGUCAUACAUUUGGCAGGAGGUUAGGAAAUUCAGCUCAGUUUCCACCUCAUUUUGUGGGCAGUGUGCACAUAGCCUUUCUUCUCUUGAGAGCCAGGUCUGCCUACGGCGGCCUUUCUCAAUAGCAAGGCUAUGCUCACUGAGUCUGUACAUAGUCAAAGCUUUCCUUAAGUUUGGGUCAGUCACAGUGGUCAGGUAUUCUGCCACUGUGUACUCUCUGUUUAGGGCCAAAUAGCAUUCUAGUUUGCUCUGUUUUUUAGUAAAUUCUUUCCAAUGUGUCAAGUAAUUAUCAUUUUUUUUCUCAUGAUUUGGUUGGGUCUAAUUGUGUUGUUGUCCUGGGGCUCUGUGGGGUCUGUUUGUGUUUGUGAACAGAGCCCCAGGACCAGCUUGCUUAGGGGACUCUUCUCCAAGUUAAUCUCUCUGUAGGUGAUGGUUUUGCUAUGGAAGGUUUGGGAAUCGCUUCCUUUUAAGUGUCACGACUUCCUCCGAAGCUGCCUACUCUCCUUGUUCGGGCAGGCUUCGGCGUUCCUCGUCACCGGCCUUCUAGCCAGUGCUGCUCCAUAUCUCAUAAUUCCAUUUGUUUUGUCUUGUCUAUUACACACACCUGGUUCAUAUCCCCUCAUUAGUACGUGUAUUAGUGUUCCAUCUGCCCCCUUGUCCUUGUGGGUGAUUGUUUAUUGUGAGUAGAUAGUAGCUCGGUUGAGCUCAGUCUAUUUUGAAUUGCCAGGGUAUUUUCCCUGUGCGCCUGUUUGUUCCAGUGCGCCUGUUUUGCGCACUGGACUGGUUAACGCUGUAUUACGGAAUAAACUCUGUAUACUGUGUCACGAUCGUCUAUGAAGUAGGACCAAAGCGCAGCGUUGGUAGCGAACAUAUUGACUUUAAUGCAAUACACAAGAAUACAAAACAAAACACGAUCAUGAAGUCCUCAGUGACAACGACUGAACAUAGAACAAAAACCCACAAAUACCAGGUGAACACAGACAGUUUAAAUAUGGCUCCCAAUCAGAGAUAACGAGCCGACAGCUGACACUCGUUACCUCCGAUUGGGAGUCAUUUGACCAAACACAACCAAUGACAAACCAACCAAACAAAACACAACAAAACGAACACACCCUGGCUCAACAUACAAAGUCCCGGAGCCAGAGCGUGACAGUACCCCCCCCCUAAAGGCGCGGACUGCGACCGCGCCUCAAAAACCCCAAACAGGGGAGGGCUGGGUGGGCAUUACUCCUCGGAGGCGGCUCCGGCUCCGGGCUUGACCACCACCCUUCUUCAAUCCCCCCGUAGCGCCCCCAGUCCGAUCUGACCCAGCUGGUAGGAUCUGGACUGACGACGCGCACCCCUGGCUUGGCGCUUGAGGCAGGAACGGACCGGACCUGACAGACGAUACGCACCCUAGGCUUGAUGCGUGGAGCCGGAACGGGCCUCACCAGGCUGACGACUCGCAUCCCUGGCUUGGUGCGAGUAGUAGGAAUGGGCUGGAUCAGGCUGACGGCUCGCACCCUUGGCUUGGUGCGAGUAGCAGGGACGAGCUGAACCAGGCUGACGACUCGCACCCUUGGCUUGGUGCGAGUAGCAGGAACGGGCUGGACCAGGCCGACGACUCGUACCCCUGGCUUGGUGCGAGUAGCAGGAACGGGCUGGACCAGGCUGACGACUCGCACCCUUGGCUUCGUGCGAGUAGCAGGAACAGGCUGGACCAGGCUGACGACUCGCACCCUUGGCUUGGUGCGAGUAGCAGGAACAGGUCGGGCUGGGCUGGCGACGCACACCGUAGGUUUUGUGCGUGGAGCAGGAACAGGCCGGGCUGGGCUGGCGACGCACACCGUAGGCUUUGUGCGGAGAGCAGGAACGGGCCGGGCCGGGCUGGCGACGCGCACCACAGGUUUGGUACGGGGAGCAGGAACAGGCCGGGCCGGGCUGGCGACGCGCACCACAGGCUCCAUGCGAGAAACAGGAACAGACAGGACCGCACUGAGGACACACACCCCUGGCCCUACACGGGGAUCAGGAACGGGCCGGACCGGACUGGUAACACACCCCAGUACCCUUCGCCGUGCCUCCACACCUUCCUUCCCCUUCGUGACCAGUGGCCCCCUUAACCUGGCGGCCUUUUCUGCCAACCUACUGCACUCCUCUAACCCGUACUCCUGCUGCCCCGACGUCGUGAGCCCCCCCCUAAAAAUGUUCUGGGGGUCUCUCCUCUCCGUGGACCAGGCCUCUAUAGUCCUCUCCCAACCUUCGCUCUUCUGUCUCCACCACUCGUCAUCCAACUCCUGGAAACGCUGCUUGGUCUCGUUGUGGUGGGUUUUUCUCUCACGAUCGUCUAUGAAGUAGGACCAAAGCGCAGCGUUGGUAGCGAACAUAUUGACUUUAAUGCAAUACACGAGAAUACAAAACAAAACACGAUCAUGAAGUCCUCAGUGACAACGACUGAACAUAGAACAAAAACCCACAAAUACCAGGUGAACACAGACAGUUUAAAUAUGGCUCCCAAUCAGAGAUAACGAGCCGACAGCUGACACUCGUUACCUCCGAUUGGGAGUCAUUUGACCAAACACAACCAAUGACAAACCAACCAAACAAAACACAACGAAACGAACACACCCUGGCUCAACAUACAAAGUCCCGGAGCCAGAGCGUGACAUACUGUGAUUUACCCUCCUGCACUUGACUCCUUCAAAUCACGCAUCACAUUAAGUGGUUAUAGAAUUUAAUGACUAUUUUCUGGAUUUUGAUAAUCAGCGGGUAUCGGCCUAAUUCUGCUCUGCAUGCAUUAUUUUGUGUUUUUUGUUGGACUUGGAGGAUAUUUUUGCAGAAUUCUGCAUGCAGUCUCAAUUUGGUGUUUGUCCCAUUUUGUGAAUUCUUGGUUGGUGAGCGGACCCCAGACCUCACAACCAUAAAGGGCAAUGGGUUCUAUAACUGAUUCAAGUAUUUUUAGCCAGAUCCUUUUGAUGGCAUAGAAGGCCUUUCUCGCCUUGUCUCUCAGAUCGUUCACAGCUUUGGGGAAGUUACCUGUGGCGCUGAUGUUUAGGCCGAGGUAUGUAUAGUUUUUUGUGUGCUCUAGGGCAACGUCGUCUAGAUGGAAUUUGUAUUUGUGGUCCUGGCAACUGGACCUUUUUUGGAACACCCAUUAUUUUGUCUUACGUUUUUCGAAGCACCCUUAUUACCCUCUUUGUCUUACUCUUCUUCUUUCCUCUCUAGUCAAUGUCCUUCUCACUCAUCUCUACCCUCUGUCCAACUCUCGUCUCUCUCGCACUUCUCUCUCUCUCUUGCCUUCCCUCAUCUCUACCCCUCUGUCCAACUCUCUCUCUCACUCUCUCUCUCUCUCUCUUUGCCUUCCCUCAUCUCUACCCCUCUGUCCAACUCUCUCUCUCUCUCUCUCUCUCUCUCUCUCUGCCUUCCCUCAUCUCUACCCCUCUGUCCAACUCUCUCUCUCUCUCACUCUCUGCCUUCCCUCAUCUCUACCCCUCUGUCCAACUGUCUCUCUCUCUCUCUCUCUCUCUCUCUCUAUUCCACUCUCUUUCUCUUACUCUUUUUUCCUCUGCCUAUUGCACAUGAAUAAUUGAAGCUAAUUUCAAGCAUUCCAUUUUUAGAGAAAUAUCGAGUCGAUUGGGGCUUCAUUCCUCUCCUUUCUUUUAUUCAUGUGGAUCACAUUUAUUCUCAUCAGCUGGUAUUUUUAUCCCUUUAUGUGACACAUAAAUGUGGAGAGUUUGGGAGGAAAAUAAUAAAUGGAUAUAUUUAAGUUUCUGGAAGAUAUUAAAGUUUGUUGUGUCCUCAAAAGUAGAAUUUUUAAUUAAAUAGAGCUGAGCUAACAUAUGUAAUCAAUCAGGGAAUGACAGACCGGAAAGUACUAAUCUCUCAUACAGCAGCUAGUGCCAAACAUACUGUAUUACCCCUCACUCUGUCUGAGAUGUGAUGAAUCCAAUGAACAGGAGACUGUAUAAAGAGCAGCCCUCACCUUACCCCUCAUCCCAAAUCCAUUAUCUCACCACAGGAAGGACUUGGCUCAGUUUGGGAUUAUUAUUUUUUUACCUUUAGCUGUGAGAGACACAGGCUGGCAUGCUCUCCACUGGAGCAGGUCUGAGGAUAGAAGCGUGCCUGCCUGUCUGCCUGCCUGCCACCGACCAUGACUCACUCUCCAAUCACUGUCAAGUGCCUCUGGGAGAGUGGAGGAUAGUGGAGGAUAUCUCAAUACUCCAAAAGACUCUCCCCGUCAUAGGUGUCCACUGGCUCCUCUUCACGGUCCAAAUGGACACACUGAUUAUCAGCUCUACUACUGGGUAUGAGGCAUCCUGCUACUUUAUCAAGCAUGAAUGAUUUUACAAGCAUGUCCAAUGGUGCCAAGGCAGGCCAAUCAGAAGUGCUGGUAUGGUGUCACUCAUACGGUUGUACUAAAGUUUGUUUAUCGAGGCCAGGCUGGGUCUCUAAACUCUCUGCAUAUUUAACUUUUGAUAUUGUUAUAUAAUAAAGGCCAAACUACACAAACUGUAGUUAACUCAAGCUGUUACAUAACACUAACGCUCCCUUUCUUUAGUUGGUAAUGGACUUUCUGAAAGUUAUUUUACCCAUCCAAAUUACAUUUAUGCAGAUAGCCAAAAGCAAAUCCUGGAGGUUUUUUAUUAGAUCACUCACAGUUUGCGGGUAUACUGUGUUAAAAGGAUUAUUCACCACUCAAUAGUUAAAACGCUGUGAUGGAAAUUAAGGGCUUUGCUCCAGCUAGCUAGGGGAAAUCCUCUCAGUGUGGAUUCUCUCUCUUCUCUCUCGCUGUCUGUACUGGUACUCCCAGUCAACUGCAGUCAAAAGGAGCACAUGAAAUAGAGACACAGGCACACAGGAUAUGUUUAUCGUGCUCAUUAGGGCCGAUGCAUGGGGUUCCAUAUGUGUACAUACGGUGAUUCAGGGCUCUCCGCAGGCAGGGCACCGCUGUGAGCUUGGCAGGGGGAAGGUUGGCAGGGGGGUGUAGGGAGGAAUCAGGCGCCACGCUGCCCCACUUCUGUAUGCCCCACAACCCCCAUGGGUCCCACCUCACCCACCACAGGCAGAAAAUACAGCUUUGAAAUCCAGAGUAGCGUAAAUGGAACAUGUCUUAAAUAUCAUCAUAUAGUAGAUUACCCCAGAAACUGUGUGUGCAGUGCAGUGAUGACAAACUCCACCUCAUAGGGAUAGAGCUGAAUAUUAUUUGACUUUUAAUCAUAUUUAAAUCCGUUGCGAUCAAAUUAAUGAUCAGGUUGACUCUCAAAUAUUUUAUGACGCUGAUUGACAAUGAUGUUCCUGUCCUUUAGUGUGUGACGUGUAAACAGAAUAGCUGCUCUUGUCAUUUCUCUGCCUGCCUGGGUGAAGGGGCUGAAUCCUCCCUGGUCUGACAGUGUGACAAGUCUGACAGGCACACGUGUGACUGGCAGGCCUCUCUCUGUGGCCCUGCGGUGCUGCUGACACAGUGAAUUAAGAGCUGAACUACAGAGUUGCACCAUCCAUUAGAUCAUCAGUCUGUGGCCAUUUUACCUUCUCUCAGAGAAGUAGAGCAACGUGAAGCUCAGCGGACCUGCCACAGUCAAACUAAACACUUAUUCUAUUGUAUUCUACCAGUCAGUGUUUGGCUCUUCUAACGGCACCUCUCUGUUGGUCUUAUCCUCAUCUUGCAAUCUCUCUGCAUUCUGUUCCAGCUUCAAAUGAAGCACCAACUUCAAUAGAGACACAUUCAAACCUCUGGAGGCGUUGGCUAAAAAACACUCCUCUACUUCCACAGUCCCACAUUUUGCUCUCACUCUUGUACUCGGUGAGGGGAGUGUUUUUGUUAAAUGCUCCAGUAGAUUUUCACACUGUAUACUGUUUCUGUGUUGGACUCGCAGCCACUGAUGCGUGGGCCUGCAGACUACACAUGCUGUCUCCUCAGAGAAAAGCCACAGGGAAGAGGGGCUUGAGGAAGAAAGUGAACAGAUAAACAACACAGGAGAAUAUAGUGACACAUUCAAUGUUGGGUCAAUCAUGACAGUGGAUGGCUGCUUUUUACAGCUGACAGAAAGACAGUGUAGUGUUAGCCUGGAAUAAAAAAUUAAUAUUGCUGUGUUUCACUAUUGUCACAGAAUAAAGUCGUGGAGAGACAGUGUUGAUCAUGUAAAACGCUUUCAGCAAUUUAACAUAUCACCAUCUGCUCUCCUUUUCUUUCUGUUUUGAUGACAAUCUGAGGCAUGCAGAUGAGUUUUCCUCAAAAUAGCAUUUGAAUAAUCUCCAUGUAGCAUAUAGAACAAGUCAUCAGGUCAGGAUAACAUUGGUCUGUAAGGUAAUGAUGGACUGUGGUGUUCCUGGAGUGUUGGAGGGUCUCAUUAAUUGCCUGUCUGAUGAGGGUGAAGCAGGGAUGAGUCACCCGCCCCAAAUGUUAAUCAUCACAGCCAACUGAUCUUCCCGGAGAGCCCUCAGAGGGCCAGACUAUUUGGCCUGGGUUCAGAACAUGGACCUGCAUCAGAAUAGCUUUUCCCCGCCAGGAUUCACUGACAGCUCACCCAAUUGGAACCGUUCUGUAUGGUUUUGCUUCUUGUGUUUCUCGUUGUCAGAAAGCCACAGCUCAAUGGCGGAAUAGGCGUAGAGACUAAAGAAACAGGAAGAAAUACAACCUGGCCUGAAGAUUAGAAUGUUCUCAAUCAUGUAUCCUUUUUAAACUAUUGUCCCAGAACACAAUAUCACUAUACAUGAUCCAUGUUGCUAAGCCAAGUUAUAAGUUCAGAGAGGAUUGACUACAGUUUUCUGACAACCAGUAGAAUAUAGAAAAUACAUAUAAUAGAACAUAACCAGAAUAUACAUAACCAGUUCGAACAUACAGGUAACUGCCAAAAUAAAGGAAACACUUGAGGAAAUGAGGGAUACAAAGUAUAUUGAAGCAGGUGCUUCCACACAGGUGUGGUUCCUGAGUUAAUUAAGCAAUUAACAUCCCACCAUGCUUAGGGUCAUAAAUGCCCAGUUUGUGAUGUGGUGGUGUUGAAGGAGUCAGGUGCAGGAGGGUAAAUCACAGAAAAACAGGCUUUAAUCCGCAAAAUACAGGUUUACGCAGAACUGUGUCAAACACACUCCAGGGCACAAAACAGGUGCACUAGAAAAUACAAGGCACACGGGAAAAUACUCCCGUUGAACAAAAUACUUGAGCUCCACCGAGCUUCACUAACCUUCACAAUAAACAAUCACCCACAAGGACAAGGGGCAGAGGGAACACUUUUACACAGACUAAUUAGGGGAUUAGAACCAGGUGUGUGUGAUAACGAGACAAGACAAUUGUGAUGAUGAUUGGGGCGGCAGUGGUUAGUACUCCGGUGACGACGAACGCCAAAGCCUGCCUGAACAAGGAGGGGAGGCAGCCCCCCCCCCCAACACGCCGACCCCGGCCUCUGGGACGGCAAGGAGGACACGGAGCACGGCGAGCUGAAUGGCGACGGUGAAAUCCCGCAACAGGGAGGGAUCUAGGAUAUCCCUCACCGGGACCCAGCACCGUUCCACCGGACCGUACCCCUCCCACUCCAUGAGGUACUGAAGGCCCCCCACCCGACGCCUCGAAUCCAGGAUGGCCCGGACAGAGUACGCCGGGGCCCCCUCGAUAUCCAGAGGAGGUGGAGGAACCUCCCGCACCUCAGACUCCUGGAGCAGACCAACCACCACCGGCCUGAGGAGAGACACAUGAAACGAGGGGUUAAUACGGUAAUCAGGGGGAAGUAACAACUAUACAUACAGGCGGAGGGGCAGAUUCCGGGUCGAGAGCCAGACCCGAUCCCCCGGUACGAAAACCGGGGCCUCACUGCGGUGACAGUCAGCAUUGGCCUUCUGACGACGCACGGCGCGCUGGAGGUGAACAUGGGCAGCGUCCCACGUCUCCUCCGCGUGCCGAAACCAUUCAUCCACCGCAGGAGCCUCGGUCUGGCUCUGGUGCCACGGUGCCAGAACCGGUUGGUAACCCAAAACACAUUGGAAUGGUGUUAGGUUAGUAAAGGAGUGGUGGAGAGAGUUCUGGGCAUAUUCUGCCCAUGGCAAGAACACUGACCACUCCUCUGGCCGGUCCUGGCAGUAGGACCGCAGGAACCUACCCACAGCCUGAUUUACUCAUUCCACCUGCCCAUUUGACUCGGGAUGGAACCCAGAGGUCAGGCUGACCAAGACCCACAGACGUUCCAUGAACACCCUCCAAACCUUGGACGUAAACUGGGGACCUCGGUCGGACACGAUAUCCUCUGGCACCCCGUAGUGCCGGAAAACGUGAGUAAACAGGGCCUCCGCAGUCUGCAGGGCCAUGGGGAGACCGGGCAGAGAAAGGAGGCGGAAGGACUUGGAGAAGUGGUCCACAACGACCAGGAUGGUGGUGUUACCUUGGGAGAGGGGAAGAUCAGUCAGAAAAUCAAUACUAAGAUGAGACCAUGGUCGUUGUGGAACUGGUAAUGGUUGUAGCUUACCCGUUGGGAGGUGCCUAGGUGCCGUACUCUGGGCACACACCGAGCAGGAGGAGACGUACACCCUCACGUCCUUAGCCAAGGUAGGCCACCAGUACAUUCCGCUCAAGCAGCCCACUGUACGGCCGAUACCUGGGUGACCAGAGGAGGGUGACGUGUGUGCCCAGAAGAUCAGACGAUCACGGAUAAGAGCAGGCACGUACCGCAGCCCAGCUGGACACUGCCGUGGAGAUGGAUCUGUGCGUAAUGCCUGCUCUAUAUCCGCGUCCAUCGCCCAUACUACCGGCGCCACAAUGCUGGAGGCCGGGAGUAUGGGGGUGUUGUCUCUGGGCCUCUCCUCUGUGUCAUACAGCCGGGACAGUGCAUCUGCCUUCACGUUCUUCGUACCCGGAAUGUAUGAUAGUGUAAAAUCAAACCGGGUGAAAAAUAGGGCCCACCUGGCCUGGCGAGGAUUCAGCCUCCUCGCUGCCCGGAUGUACUCCAGGUUACGGUGGUCCGUCCAGACGAGGAAAGGGUGUUUCGCCCCUUCGAGCCAAUGCCUCCACACGGUCAAGGCUUGGACAACAGCUAACAGCUCCCGAUCACCAACGUCGUAGUUCUGCUCCGCCGGGCUGAGCUUCUUAGAGAAGAAGGCACAGGGGCGGAGCUUGGCUGGCGUGCCCGAGCAUUGAGACAGGACAGCUCCUAUCCCAACCUCGGAAGCAUCCACCUCCACUACGAACGGUAGUGAUGAAUCAGGGUGGGCCAGUACUGGGACUGAGGUGAAUAGACCCCGCAGUUUGCUGAAGGCCAGGUCAGCCUCAGCAGACCAGCGGAGCCGGGACGGCCCACCCUUCAACAGGGAGGUAAUGGGAGCUGCGACCUUGCCAAAGACCCGUAUAAACCUCUGAUAGUAGUUGGCAAAGCCAAGGAAGCGCUGCACCUCCUUAACCGUGGUUGGAGUCGGCCAAUUACGCACGGCUGAAAUGCGAUCUCCCUCCAUCUCCACACCUGAGCUGGAAAUGCGGUAUCCAAGGAAGGAGACGGACUGCUGGAAAAACAUACACUUCUCUGCCUUAGCAUAAAGGUAAUUUUCCAACAGUCGGGCCAGCACCUUGUGAACCAGGGACACAUGCUCGGCGCGCAUAGUGGAAUACACCAGGAUGUCAUCGAUGUAGACCACUACACCGCGACCAAGCAUGUCCCGAAACACCUCGUUCACAAAGGACUGGAAAACUGAGGGAUCAUUCAUCAAACCAUAGGGCAUCACCAGGUAUUCAUAAUGCCCCGUGGGUGUGCUGAAUGCUGUCUUCCACUCAUCUCCCUCUCGGAUACACACCAGGUUGUACGCACUCCUGAGAUCUAAUUUGGUGAAGAAGCGUUGAUUCAAUCACCGAAGGAAUGAGGGGGAGAGGAUAACUAAAUCUUAUCGUCUCCCUGUUCAGUGGUCCAUAAUCAAUGCACGGGCGCAGACCUCCGUCCUUCUUCUUCACAAAGAAGAAACUCGAGGAGGCGGGUGAAGUGGAGGGACGUAUAUACCCCUGACGCAGGGACUCGGUGACAUAGGUUUCCAUAGCCACCGUUUCAGUCUGUGGUAUAUAUGACUCCUGGGAGGUACAGCGUCUACCCGGAGGUUUAUCGCGCAAUCCCCCACCCGAUGAGGUGGUAAUUUAGUCGCCUGCGUUUUAGAGAACGCUUGCGCCAGAUCGAGGUAUUCAGGGGGAAUGCGCACGGUGGAGGUACUGUCUGGACUUUACACCGUGGUUGCACCAACUGAAACAUCUAGACACCUACCCUGACACUCUCGCAACCACCCCGUGAGAGCCCUCUGCGGCCAUGAGAAGGUGGGGUUGUGGAGUGCUAGCCAAGGGAUACCUAAUACCACAGGGAAAGCAGGAGAUUCAAUAUUCUAAAAAGUAACCUGCUCAAAAUGAGUCUCCUGGGUGAUCAUGGUGACUGGUAUUGUGACUUCCGUAACAAACCCAGACCCUAUUGGUCGACUAUCAAGUGCUCUGAUGGGGAGUGGAAUGGAUAGGGGAACCAAUGUUAUGCCUUGACGGCGUGCGAAUGCUCUGUCCAUAAAGUUCCCAGCUGUGCCUGAAUCGACUAGCGCCUUACACUGGGGAACUACCAUGAGAUCGGGAAAGUGGAUAGGUAGGGUACAGUGUGCAGCAGAGGGCUCUGAACAAGUGUGGGUGUUCGAUACCUGGGGUGAUGUGUGAGUGCCCUGCCUUCCGCCUCCCGGCCCAAAAGAACGUUGACUAUGACGUGUGGUGUAUUGUCUCUUCGUGCCACCAGAGUGGCACUGUCGCUGUCCUCCUCCGCUCUCUCGGCCGGCGGCUCCACCCAGCUCCAUCGGCUCGGGAUCCGAGUCGUCCGGGGUGUAAACGGGCAGACCCCAACCAGGACGUCCUCUGGCUGCCAGCAGGUUGUCCAAACGAAUGGCCAUGUCCACCAGUUUGUUGAAGGACAACAUGGUGUCUCGGCAGGCUAGCUCCCGUCGGACGUCCUCCCGCAGAUGGCACCGGAAAUGGUCGAUCAGGGCCCACUGCCAGCAUCCGAAACUCCAACGCAAAGUCCUGCGCGGUCCUUGUCCCCUGCCACAGAUGGUCCCAUCAAACGCCCGUGGUUGGGCUAUCUGGAUCCCUCCGGGUGCUGGGGUGUAGGUGGCUGGAUCCGGUUGGCCAGCUGGUCUCGACAGAUCGGGUUCUCUCCUCUCCAGGCGUUGGACGACCUGAAGAACCCGAUCCAUCACUUCCCCCCAAGCUGGCCAGCAUCGUGGAAUGCUCCUGGACCCGUGCCACGACUCCAGGCAUGCGCUCUUCUCCCGCUGACUCCAUAUUUCGGGUACGUGAUUCUGUGAUGUGGUGGUGUUGUAGGAGUCAGGCUAGGAGGGUAAAUUACAGAAAAACAGGCUUUAAUCCGCAAAAUACAGGUUUACGCAGAACUGCGUCAAACACACUCCAGGGCACAAAACAGGUGCACUGGAAAAUACGAGGCACACGGGAAAAUACUCCCGUCGAACAAAAUACACAAGCUUCACUAACCUUCACAAUAAACAAUCACCCACAAGGACAAGGGGGCAGAGGGAACACUUAUACACAGACUAAUUAGGGGAUUAGAACCAGGUGUGUGUGAUAACGAGACAAUACAAUUGUGAUGAUGAUUGGGGCGGCAGUGGUUAGUACUCCGGUGAUGACGAACGCCGAAGCCUGCCUGAACAAGGAGGGGAGGCAGCCUCGGCCGAAGUCGUGACACAGUUGCCCAUUAUUUUGGCUACCAUGGCUAGAAGAAAAUAUCUCUUUGAAAGAGGGGUCUCAAAGGAGCAUAGGGGGUUUAAAGGGUGUGGGUGUGUGCCACCAGAUCUCAGCCACCAGAUGUCAACACAAUUGAACACUUAUGGGAGAUUCGGGAGUGGCGCCUAAGACAGCAUUUCCACCAACAUCAGCAAAACACCAAAUUAGGUAAUGUUUUGUGGAAGAAUGGUGUCGCAUCCCUCCAAUUGAGUUCCAGACAUUUGUAGAAUCUUUGCCAAGGUGCAUUGAAGCUGGCAGCUGGUGGUGGCCCAAUGCUCUAUUAAGACACUUUAUGUUGGUGUUUCCUUUAUUUUGGCAGUUACCUACACAUAACCAGUUUGAAUGUUUUGAUAUCAAGUCUGGGAUUCAUGUUGGCAGACAAAGGUAAAUGGAGAUUUUCAGGUAAAGAAAGUUAUACUAUCUGACAGAUACCACAAAAAUGUAUCUCUCUCUCUCUCUCCCUCUCUCUCCCUAUCUCUCUCUCUCUCUCUCUCUCUCUCUCUCUCUCUCUCUCUCUCUCUCUCUCUCUCUCUCUCUCUCUCUCUCUCUCUCUCUCUCUCUCUCUCUCUCUCAAUGUCAGAGGGCAAAAAUUACAGUGGGAACUAAGUACAGAAUCUAUCAGAGGUGAAAUAACAUUCAGUAAACCUAUAAUGGCUUAAAACUGCUUACCUCUACCUGGUACAGUGCUCAUUUUCGAAUUUGCCGAAAGAUACAUUAACUUAAAGUGGAGGCAGAGGGAAGGCGGAAAGAGAGCCCUGAAGCUUUUAAGCUCACAAUAAUCAUGGUAAUCGAUGCUGCAGUCAGACUGAAACAUGAGAAUAAGCUAAGAUGGUUAUUCCCAUGCUCUGAUGCGGUACCAGAAAUGGAGUUACCAACAAAUGCACAUUUGUAAAUCUAUGUGCUUUUUUCAUUGAGCAACCUUUUGGAUUUAAACUUUUUUAAAUUGUCUCUGCGAUGCUGUCACAUACAGUGCAUAUUCACUGGGAAAAUGGAGGAGCGAGCAUCUCCAGAACAGAGCAGUGCUGUAGGCUUUACUUGAAAGCCUGAUAGAUGUUGAGUUCACAGCCCAAGCAGAGCAGCACUGUGUUAGAAGAACUGUGGAAACUAGGCCAUGGAAUCCCAUUACAGACACACUGACCAUGCUUUGGCUGCCUGGGACUAUGGUUACAGAUGGAGGUUAAAGAAUUAUAUGAUUUAGCCAAGGUGCAAAAUCGUAUCUGGGCGGUGCAAAAUCGUAUCUGGGACACAUCAGAGUCAGAUUUAGAAUCAGAAUCACCUUUAUUCACCAAGUACAUUUACACAUAAUCAGAAUUGUACUUGGUGAUAUGGUGCUGCUAGUGAUAGACAACAUUUCAUGUUAGAGACAGAAUACAGACAACAGAGUUUAAACAAAGUUUACAUACAGUACCAGUCCAAAAUUUGGACACACCCACUCAUUCAAGGGUUUUUCUUUAUUUUUACUAUUUCCUACAUUGUACAAUAAUAGUGAAGACAUCAAAACUAUGAAAUAACACAUAUGGAAUCAUGUAGUAACCAUAAAAGUGUUAAACAAAUCAAAAUAUAUUUUAUAUUUGAGAUUCUUCAAACAGCCACCCUUUAUGACAGCUUUGCACACUCUUGGCAUUCUCUCAACCAGCUUCACCUGGAAUGCUUUUCCAACAGUCUUGAAGGAGUUCCCACAUAUACUGAGCACUUGUUGGCUGCUUUUCCUUCACUCUGCCGUCCGACUCAUCCCAAACCAUCUCAAUUGGGUUGAGGUCGGGGGAUUGUGGAGGCCAGGUCAUCUGAUGCAGCACUCCAUCACUCUCCUUCUUGGUAAAAUAGCCCUUACGCAGCCUGGAGGUGUGUUGGGUGAUUGUCCUGUUGAAAAAUAAAUGAUAGUCCCACUAAGCCCAAACCAGAUGGGAUGGCGUAUUGCUGCAGAAUGCUGUGGUAGCUGUGCUGGUUAAGUGUGCCUUGAAUUCUAAAUAAAUCACAGACAGUGUCACCAGCAAAGCACCCCUACACCAUAACACCUCCUCCUCCAUGCUUCACGGAGGGAACUACACAUGCGGCGAUCAUCCGUUCACCCACACCGCGUCUCACAAAGACACGGCGGUUUGAACCAAAAACCUCCAAUUUGGACUCCAGACCAAAGGACACAUUUCCAGCGGUCUAAUGUCCAUUGCUCAUGUUUCUUGGCCCAAGCAGGUCUCUUCUUCUUAAUGGUGUCCUUUAGUAGUAGUUUCUUUGCACCAAUUCGACCAUGAAGGCCUGAUUCACACAGUCCCCUAUGAACAGUUGAUGUUGAGAUGUGUCUGUGACACUGAGUCAAUUUCUGAGGCUGGUAACUCUAAUGAACUUAUCCUCUGCAGCAGAGGUAACUCUGGGUCUUCCUUUCCUGUGGCUGUCCUCAUGAGCGCCAGUUUCAUCAUAGCGCUUGAUGGUUUUUGCGACUGCACUUGAAGAAACUUUAAAAGUUCUUGAAAUGUUCCGUAUUGACUGACCUUCAUGUCUUAAAGUAAUGAUGGACUGUCGUUUCUCUUUGCUUAUUUAAGCUGUUCUUGCCAUAAUAUGGACUUGGUCUUUUACCAAAUAGGGAUAUCUUCUGUAUACCCCCCUACCUUGUCACAACACAACUGAUUGGCUCAAACGCAUUAAGAAGGAAAUCAAUUCCACAAAUUAACUUUUAAGAAGGCACACCUGUUAAUUGAAAUGCAUUCCAGGUGACUACCUCAUGAUGCUGGUUGAGAGAAUGCCAAGAUUGUGCAAAGCUGUCAUCAAGGCAAAGGGAGGCUAUUUGAAGAAUCUCAAAUAUAAAAUAUAUUUUGAUUUGUUUAACACUUUUUUGGUUACUACAUGAUUCCAUAUGUGUUAUUUCAUAGUUUUGAUGUCUUCACUAUUAUUCUACAAUAAAAAUAAAAAAACUUGAAUGAGUAGGUGUGUCCAAACUUUUGACUGGUAGUUUACAUUAUAUACAGCUAGGUAGAGGGAGCAUAGAGCUAUAAGAGUAUGAGCAGAUAUACAAAUGUACAGUGGGUAUACGGUUGAUAUACAGUGGGUAUACGGUUGAUAUACAGUGGGUAUACGGUUGAUAUACAGUGGAUGUACACAUUUACAGUAUCAGUAUGAAUAUACUGUACAUUUUGUGAUAAACCCAAUGUGUUCUGUUUGCUCAAUACCCCUAGCUAGACUACAGUUUUUUCUGGAGCUACUGCAACUUAUCAUGCAGAUUCUACAAAAGGGACUGUAUUUUGUGCCAAGACGACAGUACAACUGUUUUUAGAAUUAAAUAUCUGCAACCCCCUAUGAUCUUGUGCACAGCAGGGUCCAUCUAAACGUGCUUUGCGUAAAAUAAGUAUGCAUACUAUUAGGUGAUUUUGAAUCUCUACAGAAAUGAAACUCUAUAUUUUCAGCUCACUCUGGUUUAGGUAAAAGCUGCCCAACAUUACUCAAUAUCGCAUUUAGGGGAUGGGUUCUCUCUACUAUGAAAUUAUGGGCCUCAUUUCCACAGUCUGACAGCAUCAUCAGCAAACACUACUGCUCUGGGGAGACUUUGACAUUUCACAUUUCCAAGUCACAUAUUUGCCUUUUUCUCUCUUCCAUGUCCUUAAUUCCUGGUGCAUUAACAGUUUACCCGUGUUUUGGAGAAAAAUAUUCAAAUUCCUUUCCUGUAAUAUGUCCUUAAGCAAGGGCCUUUGUAGAGGGAAGUUACAAGAUAAUUGGGAUGUUCAAAGUCCUGAGGCAGGUAUUGCCAAGCCGUUCGCCUGCAAACUAACUCACUGAAUUACAAGCAGCUGUCACGCUCAGAUAGGACUAGCAGAGAGAGAAACACAAAAAUGACAUUUCACUUCACUUUGAAAUAUAGUGGCAGGAUAUUAGAUCACAAAGCGUGGCUCUUGUCUCAGUGGGUAGAGUCUUCAUUUAUGUAGGGGGGUAUUGCUCCAGUAGAAAAUUCCACCUCCACUGACAUUAUAGAUUGUUGUUUUUGUUCUCCCCUGAAGUAAAAUAAUAAAAGAUGCAUAAGCAACUAUACAUUUGAGCAUUUGGUUACUGCUGUGCUGCUGGCCGUAGCCAGCACUGGAUAGGGAAUGCUAUCUGCAGAGACAAUCAUACUGUACAACGCUGAGUGGGGCCAGGAUGGUAUAAAAGAUAGCUAGCUAGAUAUUAUAACUAUAAUACAUCUUCCAAACAACAUUGCACAUUUAUUUCAUCGUUAUACCAUCCCCCCGAUCACACAGAUAGGCUACAGGGCUGUGUUAAAGGGAGGCGGCGGCUGCUGCAUGUAACAGAUCCUAUUAUAAAACACUUGUUUUCACUCUCAGAUUCAAUCAAAGAGCCUCCCUGCCAUCAAAUAUCUCCAGGUUAAUUUAUGGUUAUUAAAGGCCAUUAGAGGAUAAUAAUGGGGAGAUGAUGACACGGUGACAACGGCCAGUGCCACUGAUACCUUCCCCUCUGUCUGUCAGGUGAACGAGGAGCCAGCCAUCCCCCGGGCACCGGGGAGGGGAUAGACACAACCUCAUCUGAGGUGAGCGAUGCUAGUGACUCUAGUGCCCUGUGGCUCUACGUGAUGAGGCUUCCCUUUCCCUGUCACAUGUGUUGCUGCUCAGGCUGUUCAAUGGGGUUUGGUUUCCAACCAUAUGAGUGUGCAGGAACAACACUGUUUGUGAAAGUGGGUAGAAUGUCACCUCGCAAGGAAAUAUGAGGUUUUAAAACAUUGUUCUGAACUCAAUAUUGAAUCCAGUGUUAGUGGGUUUUCUGAAAAUAUUAGGUUGCUCCUUUCGCUCCCAUAUACUGUAAAGCACAUUCUGCACAUUGGUACAUUGGUUCUGGUGUUUUCAUGUUGCUCUCAGAAAGCAGAGUGGGUUCCUAAUAGUAUCUAUAUAUCACUGAGGAAACCAGUGGAAGCUUCCUCUAGUGAUGCACUGGUACGGCUCUUUGGCUCUCUCAGAACAGGCAUUUUCUAUUUGUUUCCCUGUUGUCAGUGCAGCAUCCUCUCCUCUUAAGAGCUUGUGAAUGUUCUAGUAACACUCUGGAGGGCCAAACAUAGGAUACAGGUAACAGGCACAGUGCUGCAUAGAGGAGGACUGUCACGCUCUGGGGGAAGGGAAUGGGACCCCAUUGAUACAUGAAGCCAUAAAAGCCUUCACUCUAACAAGGCAGCAGCCACGACAGAUAAUCCAUGUGUGUUUCAAAGGUCAAAGGCCCUUAGCUCACUGAUUGCUUGUGUGCUUCUAGACAUGUUAGGAAGAUGGAAGACAGCAUCAUUUUGGGAUGUGGCAAGUGUGUAUUGUUCUAUGACAGGGACUGCGGCGAUGCAGUGUUGUCAGAUUGUGCAUGGUACCUUUUCAUGAGAGUCGUUUAGUAUGAAUUAAGAACAGAUUGCUUCAUAUAAUAAUUAAUUAGUCAAGAAUGAAUUACACAUCCUGUGUUUGUGUUUUAGCUUGAUAAAAAUAAAAAUGUACAUAUAUGUUGUAUAUUUAUUUCUGAUAGAAAUCAGACUUGGAUGUAAAGAUGUUGAGCUACCACACAAUGAAAAUAACAACUGCCUGUAACUGAUUCUGACUCAGCUGUUGUGAGUACUUUGUCUCAUAGCAGCAUUCAUGUUUCACCUCUCAGCCACCCCAGAUGGUUGUUACUAUUUAUGUUGAACACAUCACGUCAAAGCGUACCCAUCUGAACCAGCAUGGCCUUCCAUCACUCCCUCAUCUCCCAGACAGGGCUAAUGAUGACAGAGAGUGGGCUUUACCGACUGCAGCAGCUAAAUGGUUAUCAGUACAGAGGGGCUGUGAUCAUCUGAUGCCCACACAGAGAAUCUAUCUGUGUGCAUCUUCCCUUUCCUUCUCAAAAUAGAACAAUUCUAUUCGGGGCUCUCCCUCAAGACAGCCACCCUGUUGUCAAACACUCUGUUGUCUUAUAGCACUUUCUCACAUUUCAGUAGUGUCACGUUCGUUUAAAGAAGGGUCGGACCAAGGCGCAGCGUGAUAUGCGUACAUGUUUAUUUAAUGAUAAACACACGACAAAACAACAAAGGAAACGAAACGUGAAGUCCAAAGGUACAACACAACAAACCUUACACGGAACAAGAACCCACAACUAGACAGUGCCAAAAGGCUGCCUAAGUAUGAUUCCCAAUCAGAGACAACGAGCGACAGCUGCCUCUGAUUGGGAACCAUACCGGCCAACAUAGAAAUACAAAUCUAGAAUAUUCACACCCUGACCAAACUACCUAGAGUUCUGUAGGCCAGGGCGUGACAGUCCGGGUCGGACUGGGAACACGCACCACUGACUUGGUGCGAGGAGCAGGAACAGACCCGGCAGGACUGGCGACGCGCACCACAGGCUUGGUGCGAGGAGCAGGAACAAGCCGGGCCAGACUGGGAACACGCACCACUGGCUUGGUGCGAGGAGCAGGAACAGUCCGGGCCGGACUGGGAACACGCACCACUGUCUUGGUGCGAGGAGCAGGAACAGGCCGGGCCGGACUGGGAACAUGCACCACUGGCUUGGUGCGAGGAGCAGGAACAGGCCGGGCCAGACUGGGAACACGCACCACUGGCUUGGUGCGUGGAGCAGGUACGGGGCGUACCGGACUGGGAACCGGCGCUGGAGGUCUAUGACUGUCUCCGUCCUUUACACUCCGCGCCCCGUCCUCCUCCAGUGAGGACUCCUCCUUGAGCUCCCACGAGUGCAGUGGUCGGGGCUCCUCUCUGUCGCUCCCCAACCACCCUUUUAGCCCCCCCCAAAACAAUUAUUGGGGCUGUCUCUCCUUCUCCACCCUGAUCCCUUUCAGGACCUCCAUCUGCCUUGCCAGAUCCUCUCUUAUCUCCCGCCAAGUCCAUACUCUCUGCUCCUCCACCUGUGUCCAGGGUGUCUGCUGCUCCUGGGCACGCUGCUUGGUCCUCGUUUGGUGGGUUCUUCUGUCACGUUCGUUUAAAGAAGGGUCGGACCAAGGCGCAGCGUGAUAUGCGUACAUGUUUAUUUAACGUUAACCACACGACAAAACAACAAAGGAAACGAAAUGUGAAGUCCAAAGGUACAACACAACAAACCUUACACGGAACAAGAACCCACAACUAGACAGUGCCAAAAGGCUGCCUAAGUAUGAUUCCCAAUCAGAGACAACAAGCGACAGCUGCCUCUGAUUGGGAACCACACCGGCCAACAUAGAAAUACAAAUCUAGAAUAUUCACACCCUGACCAAACUAGCUAGAGUUUGCUAGGGCGUGACAAGUAGCUUGGCUUUACCUCAGAAACAGAGGGAAAGAGUGCAGAUGGAUGCAACUUAGAAGUGAGACUCACUUGACUGAUUGUGAUUUUAGCUCAGAUGAAGGACACAUCCACAUGUUGAAGUGGUGAAAUGUGAAUAAAAAAUGACUUUCUUGCAGUCAUUUGCAAAUCUCUCUGACUGUCACCAUGUUGCAAGUGCUAACCAUGCAAAACGGACACAUCCAGUACAGUAGCAGCAGGGCAACUCUUCCUCCUAGUGCAGUAUAUUGCUCUUGAUCUUUCAGACAGUUGUAGGGCUGCCACCAAUCCCACCUCUAAUUCGUCUGUUGUUUUUGAUUAUUCCACAUGCAAAAAGGGUUGACUAUAGCGUUUCUUCCCCAAUGACAAGCAGGGCUAAAGUCAGGGGACCUUAUUAGACCACAGACCCUCUGGAGUCCCACUGGUACUCAGGAUGUAGAUGGUAUGAGAUUUGUUUGUUUGGCCUAAGUGCCUCGAAGACUAGCUGUUGUUUUCAAUAGAUGUUGGACUGCGGUUUUAGUGAAUGAGAUCCAAAGCAAUGGCUGUGUUGAUCUUGAUAUAGGGUGUUAUAGGGUUACUUGUUUCUAUCCUGAAAUGGCUAAUGCUUUUCAAGGACAUUCGUCAUUGCAGAUAAUUGUGUCUCUUGAAAUUAGUCACUAUAUAUGGGCGACGUAGUUUUAAAAGUGCACCAUUCAUUCUGACUGAUGGAUUCGAAUGUGUUUCUGUGUUGUCUGCACUCAUGUCCUUACCAACCCAUUGAGUCUGUAACAACAGAUAAUUGCAUGGGAGGAUCUUUUUCUGUCCCCCUUGUCUCACAUUGAGAGAGGAAUAACCUGGUGAGUCACUCAGGGAAGAGGACGGUCAAGGGCUUCUCUAUAUCUGGUCCAUAUGUUGUUGACAGAGUACAUUCAAGCUCUAAUAUUUCCUAUUUCUUGCUUCAUCCUCUGCUUUCUACCAGUAUUUGUGUUGUUUCUCUGUUUUUCAAAGGGACUACUGACUAGAUUAUCCCUCUCUACAGGCCUGAUCGGUCAUUGUAAACUGAGUCUGUCUGUCUCUCUUCCCAUGCAGGGAAGUGUAUUGUGUAUUCUUGUGUAUUUUGUGUAUUUUAUUCCUCUUGUGUUUUUAUUUUCUUAUUUUUAACUCUGCAUUAUUGGGAAAGAGCUCGUAAUUAAGCAUUUCACACUUGUUGUAUUCGGAGCAUGUGACAAAUAACAUUUUAUUUAAUUUGAAUUCAACAAACUUUUAAUUGCUCCGUUCCCCUUGUCUCUAUGCAUGUUGCCAUGGAAACUAGAGCCCAUGUAGACCCUCCCCUUAUUUCCCAUUCUCCCACUACAUUCCUAUAUUAGUCUCUUAAACAAGAGAGCUCCAACUGGCCCAAGCAGGGAGCUCUACCUGGCCCACGCGGGGAGCUCCAACUGGCCCAUGCAGGGAGCUCCAACUGGACAAGCAGGGAGCUCCAACUGGCCCAAGCAGGGAGCUCUACCUGGCCCACGCAGGGAGCUCCAACUGGCCCAUGCAGGGAGCUCCAACUGGACAAGCAGGGAGCUCCAACUGGCCCAAGCAGGGAGCUCCAACUGGCCCAAGCAGGGAGCUCCAACUGGCCCAAGCAGGGAGCUCCAACUGGCCCAAGCAGGGAGCUCCAACUGGACAAGUAGGGAGCUCCAACUGGCCCAAGCAGGGAGCUCCAACUGGACAAGCAGGGAGCUCCAACUGGCCCAAGCAGGGAGCUCCAACUGGCCCAAGCAGGGAGCUCCAACUGGCCCAAGCAGGGAGCUCCAACUGGACAAGUAGGGAGCUCCAACUGGCCCAAGCAGGGAGCUCCAACUGGAAAAGCAGGGAGCUCCAACUGGCCCAAGCAGGGAGCUCCAACUGGCCCAAGCAGGGAGCUCCAACUGGCCCAAGCAGGGAGCUCCAACUGGCCCAUGCAGGGAGCUCCAACUGGCCCAUGCAGGGAGCUCCAACUGGACAAGCAGGGAGCUCCAACUGGCCCAAGCAGGGAGCUCCAACUGGUCCAAGCAGGCAACUCGCAUUCCCAUUAACACUUAGACCAUGUGGGUCCUGGUUCUGAAUCACACACAUUCACACUGGGGCUUUUCCUGCGGAUUUCAGGGACAGUAGGACAGCAGGCUGAACAGCCAAUCAAGCUGCAGCUAAUUAGGUCGUAGGCUCAGAAUGUUGAAUGACUGCUGAAGUUACUGGCAGGAAUGGCUUAGUGGGUAAGAGCGUUGUGCCAGUAACCGAAAGGUCGCUGGUUCUAAUCCCCGAGCUGACUAGGUGAAAAAUCUGUCGAUGUGCCCUUGAGCAAGGCACUUAACCCUAUUUGCUCCUGUAAGUCGCUCUGGAUAAGAGCGUCUGCUAAAUGACCUAUUAUUUAUUAAUUUUAUUAUUAACAAUGAAAACUGCUGCUGCCCGGCCUGUGGCAAUGUGAAUGUACUGUGUGUCUCAGACUCACUCCUAAAAGUUUGGCCUGUCGCUGUAACAAUGUCUGAAUGAGAUGUUCGUAAGAAAUGUACUUUUCAGCGUUCUGAGUUCUUUAGAAGCAAGGUUCAAGGGGUCACAGUCUUAGCUGUGGAAACACGGCUGAGGGUUAUUUUACAGAAGCCCCCCCACCCUUGCAAAGGAGUUCUCCAAUGCUACAGUGCAGGAUCAUUUCCUCCUGAUUUUAACCUACAGUUAAACAACCACAACCCAAAGACUCUCAUCAGAACAAUUUAACAAGGACGUGGUAGAAUAUGGAUUUUCACCUUCAGGAAGCUUAAAUCCCAAACAGGAUUUGAGUGAUUAUGCUUUGUUUUCUCCACACUGAAAGAUUAAUUUUUGGUGCGUUUGCAGUACAAUCCAGGCUCUCUAGUGAUCAAAAGGAUUAAAUUAGCUAUGUUGGUAGAGGAAAAGGGCUUCAGUGAGGUGUAAAAUUAUCUCCUUGGUAACAGGAACAUAGUCAUAAAACACUGAAACAUACACAUAAGAGAAAUGUAUCCUGCUGAGAUAUUUCAUAGGACUAUUUCAAAUACACAUUCAUUAAUGAAUGCAUUUCUGUUUACAAGCCAUUGUACAAUGUUGAUAUAUCAGCUGUAUGUGUGUAUUUGGCCUUUCCAGUCAUUGCUUGUGCUGCUGUAGCAGCUACGAAUCCAGGAGAGGCUCCCUAACACCCGACGCCCCCUCAUCAUGACCAGGCCUGCAGCAGCCCCCCUCUGGUCCAUAGAGGGUACAGUGAGACCCUCUCCAUCCAAGCAGCCGUCACUCAUACCUGCAUCCCCAGAGAAGAGCAGACCAGCUGGAGCCAAGCUAGACAUCGGCUUGCUAUUCACACAGUGUGAUGCCUGGCUGGUACUAGGAAUAAGGGGGGUGGUGGGGGGUUGGCUUAUUUAAGAAUGGUCUUAUCCAGAGCGACUUACAGUUAGUGAGUGCAUAUAUUUUUCAUACUGGCCCCCCGUGGGAAACGAACCCACAACCCUGGCGUUGCAAGCGCCAUGCUCUACCAACUGAGCUACACGGGGCCCCAUACAUACAGUUCAUUGUGAUGGCUUUGGGCUGUUGGAAAGUAUGCACUAAUCCAGCAUAUAAAGAUAUCCAGAGCAAGUUAGAAGAAUGUAUUGGGACCGGUGAACUCUCACUGCACUGAGUUUACACUUAUCCGAUAUACACUUUUUCAUAUUGUUGGGCUCUGUUCAUAUGUUAAUUAGGCAGUAAAGAGAACCUCAUUCAGCAGAAAGUAGGUCAGAAAACAGUCUUAAAGUACUCAGAUUGGCCAUCAUGACUUUCACAGCCAUAAAUGUCUUUGAACAAUGACCAGUGUGUCUGUGGUGGUGACGGCUGUUGAAUCAUUAAUGCUCUAUUAUACAUUUUUAAUCAAGGCCUCAUUUUGGGAGACUUUUCUGGUUUUAUUAGCUUAUUAUUAGCUUGUCUGGCACCAUUUACGGAUAUAAGGUAGUUAGUAUUAGUCACAAUUUGAGUAUGCUCUUGUCAUGACCGGUAUUUAAAAACGUCCUGGUAAGUGGAAAUGUAUUCCUUCUCAUCUCCAGUAAUAGCACCCAGUCAUUGUUUCAACUGAAACCACUGUUUCAAUGAGGUAGAAACUACAGUUGGGAAUCUAAGCCACACAGCAUAUACAGUACCACAAGUCCUGAUAGUGUUUCUGUGUUGAUAAUAAGUUGAGCACUUCACUGUAAUGGCUGGUCAGGGAGCGUCACAGGGUAGCUGGCUGAGUGGCCACUACCCUGACAGCUGCAUGGGCCCUCAGUAGCCUCACAGAUAAGAGGGACGGAUGACAAAGGGCCCCAGCAGACACACACACUCAGGCACACACACACACACCUCUUCCCCGAUUGCCGUUUAAAGAGCUCUGUGUGGAGGGGCAAAGGACUGUUAUCGCCGGCUUGCAGGAAUGUUCAGCUCUCAAAAGCCCUCCACACCAAGCUGCAAAUACCAUUAGCUUCCACAGCGAAAAUAUACUUUGGGUUUCUGUACCCCUGCCAAGUACUUCGUGCCCACUGUCAUCCUAUAGGGAGAUAAUGAGCUUUUUUCAAUGCUGUUAUGGAGUCCAAGGUCCAUUAUUUAACAAGAACAAAAUAACCAAAUCCUUUCACUGUUGUCUCUCUCGGGGUGUGUGGAGUGGCAUUGUAUUGUAGCAAAUUGAGAUGAUUUCAUAACUUAUUCCCCAUUGUUUUGUCUCAAGGUUUGUAUUCAAACACAGGAAGGCAGUAAAUCUAGUUGGACUGAUAGUGCCGUUCUAAAAGACAAGAAUGUAACUGUACUGUAAAAUCCUUGUUUCUUCUCUCUGAAAAUACAGAGUUGAUGUGGUAUCUCUUUGCUCUCUGUUUCUCUCUCUUUCUCUGUCUCUCUCUCUCUCUCUCUCUCUCUCUCUCUGUCUCUCUUUCUGUCUCUCUCUCUCUCUCUCUCUCUCUCUCCAACUGCACAGUCUGUAUAGAGAGGUAGUCAUUUGUUUUUGUUUAAUAAUUCAUAUGAAGUCACUGAUGGUGAGAGAAUUGUAAUUGUCUUGCCUCACUAUUCCUUCUCUUCUCCACUGUCUGAAACAUUAUUGGACUAUUAUUAAAUCCAUACGCAUCUCAAAUGUGUUGCUCAGGUAUAUUAGAUUUAUGACUCAGAGUGUCUGAGUCAUCUAUUUAAUACUUAGCCGGUUGGCAAGGAGAUGAUUGCCUUUGAUUGUGAGGCUUGCAGAAGAGUAAAUAUAGCAACUUAUAUUGUCUUCUCAACACUCCUUCUAGCCAGAUACAGACCUGCUGUCUUCUCAACACUCCUUCUAGCCAGAGACAGACCUGCUGUCUUCUCAACAGUCCUUCUAACCAGAGACAUACCUGCUGUCAACUCAACACCCCUUCUAGCCAGAGACAGACCUGCUGUCUUCUCAACGCUCCUUCUAGCCAGAGACAGACCUGCUGUCUUCUCAACGCUCCUUCUAGCCAGAUACAGACCUGCUGUCUUCUCAACACUCCUUCUAGCCAGAGACAGACCUGCUGUCUUCUCAACACUCCUUCUAAUCAGAGACAUACCUGCUGUCUUCUCAACACUCUUUCUAGCCAGAGACAGACCUGCUAUCUUCUCAACACUCCUUCUAGCCAGAGACAGACCUGUUGAUGGGUCUACUGAGUUAUGAUUGUUGCUCUCAAAAGGCGAUAGUUUUAAACCAUCAGGCCAUCAGACCAGAGACACAAUGGUUGUAGGGGCUGGUUGUUGAAAUAGUGAGCAAUAUUUGUACUUGUUGUGAAACCAUGUAUCCUUUAUUAUACUGUCCUUGGCGUGUGAGUUGGGAUUGGCCAGAAUACUGCACAUCUCUAUAGUUGUCGUUGUGAGGGCAGAGAUACACAGUACUGAGGCAUGCCAUGCAACUGCAACCUGCUGCAACCACUUAGGAGAGGAGGCAGUUGGCUUUUGGUGCGCUCGCUCGCUCAGAGCUGAAUUUCUGAGGCUAAGGAGGGUGCUGGAACAUGCAAAUGUGUCUGUUUAAAUGAUGGAUGAGAGGAGAGGGAGAAAAGGGGGGCAGGAACGUGCUGGAAUGGCAGUGGCACACAACAGAGAACUGCGUGACUUUAUCACUGUCCCCUAUAGGGCUCUAUACAAAUGGCUGAUAAAGGGUGUUUUCUGAUUGUUGCUGAAUAUUGAUGGUAAUAGAAUGAGUCAAUCCAUGCCGUCUCCCAUUUAACAGUGCAGAUAAAUACAGAUGACCUUUCUGAGAUGGGGAAGCUAAAGGAGCAGCCAAAUCAAAUAAACUUUGCACACAAUCAGGCCUUUGAAUUAAUCCAAGCAUAAUCAGCUUUGUUACAGUCAGUCAGUCAGUAUGUGUGUGUGUGUGUCUGAGUCUUGAGCUGCGAGCACGGUGCGGCCAUGCCUCAUUUUAGGCUGCUGAUGUGUGAUGUGGCGGGGUGCUUGCUGCCUGCAAUGCGUUUGAGGUGUGAUGUUUAUCUUAACCUCUGGGGAAUCGCUCUGACAGCCAUCUUCAAUGGGCCUAGUCUCCCCAUUGGAGGGCCUUGUUACCAUGGGAACUGUUGGGCUGGAUAAACAGACCCUAGAUUUCCCCAUAAUAAUUGGAUUGUUAUAUGAAAAUGAAUCAUUUUAAUGGAGAAACUGUGGAUGGUUUUGUUUGUGCUCUAACCCUGAUCACUUUUGUUGUGUCUCCCCUCCCCGUUAGAUUGAAGACAUCAAUAUGCGGAUACAGGAUGAGAAGGCAGGAGGGGUGGCCAUCCGAACUGUCAAGAGCUUCCUGUCCAAGAUCCCCAGUGUGGUAUCAGGUGACCAGCUGUAUAUGUGUGUGUGUGUGAGUGUGUGUGUGCGCAUGUGUGUGCGUGCGGGCGUGCCUGCCUGCGUGCGUGUGUGUCUGUAUUGUCUCAUACAAUAAGAGAAAGCAGAGAGAGCAGACAGAGAGUCAGAAUCAUUAAAGCAAAUAUCACCUUUCAGGCUCAUUUGACUUGCUGCCUCUGCAGAUGGGGACAGAUGAGGCCGUCUCAGUAACGUUGCUCUGAGUGUGACUCAACCUAACCCUCACAUGUCUCUCUAGGCCUGAUGGGCGUACGCGUCACUCUCCCAGUCUCACUCCGCCUCACUGCCAAGCACUAACAUUAUGCCAAAUAUGUUGCUGUCUAGGAGUUAGGGAAAAUAUGGUUACCAGGUUUCCUGCCUAUUGUUAGACCAAGAUCAAAUUGUUCCAUUUGGUAUGUUCCUGCAAACACAUACUCAGCUAUGCCACAUUCAGCCUUAGCCAAGGGUAUUGUAGCUGUGCUGUAAGCUAAAAGUAAUAGAUUGUUGAGGGGAGACCUGUUCAAGGACUAUUGCAGCUGUUUUGUAGUGGCUUUCUGUGUGUGUACAAUGCCAUUUCAUUGUCCCUGUCAACCGUUCUUCUGCUUUGAAUACCAGGAGCAGACAUUGUGCAGUGGCUGAUGAAAAACCUCUCCAUUGAGGACUCAGGUAUGUCUGCUAUGUACACAGCCAAGAUGACCGGGAUUGACCCCUGAUGUCAGUCUGUACUCAAGCCAUUUUUCUCUACUCAGCGUUAGUAUCCUGUCCUCUCUCCUGUAGCUGAAGCCAUCCAUUUAGGGAGCCAGAUCGCUGCCCUUGGCUACCUCUUCCCCAUUUCCGACCACGUCCUCACUCUCAAAGAUGAUGGGACCUUGUACCGCUUCCAGGUAAGCUACCAUGGUAACUUCAGGCACCAGUAGACGUACCUUCCUUACACUCUUAGAAAAAAAGGGUUCCAAAAGGGUUCUUCGGCUGUCCCCAUAGAGAAACCCAAAACGGUUCUUCAAAGGGUUAUUUUAUGUGGGGACAGCUGAAGAAACGCUUUAGGUUCUAGAUAGCACAUUUUCUUCUAAGAGUGUAGUGGUCCCAAACUGGAUUUACUGUCCACACCACCAUCCAUAACAUGAGUCAUGACCAAUAUCACAUGAAGGAAGAUAAAUGAUCCUGUGCGCUGUCCAGAACAGUAGCCUCAUUACCUUGUGACUGGUCACUUUACGCUCUAAAGCAGAGAAAACCAGGGGAGAAUGUUCUAACAGAGACACUGAUGUGAGAGAUUCCUCUUGUCUGAUCCUCAGUUAACAGGUCAAGUGUUGUAAUCGGUCUGGACUCACCGUUUUUGAAAGGAAUCUGACUCCUCUCACUACUCUUUGUCACGAUCGUCGUUAGAUGAAGCGGACCAAGGCGCAGCUUGAUAUGCGUACAUUAUUUUAUUGCAGUACACAACACGAACCAAAACAACAAAACAAACGAUACGUGAAGUCCUGGGUUGAACACAAACCUUCCGGAACAAGAUCCCACAAUAAACAUGUGCCAACAGGCCGCAUAAGUAUUGACCCCAAUCAGAGACAACGAGCUACAGCUGUCUCUGAUUGGAAACCACCCUGGCCAACAUAGAAAUCCACGAACUAGAACACAACAUAGAAAAUAACACAUAGAAAAUCCACACCCUGGCUCAACAUAUAAGAGUCCCCAGAGCCAGGGCGUGACAGUACCCCCCCCCCCAAAGGCGCGGACUGCGACCGCGCCAACCAAACACAAGAGGGUAGGGGCCGGGUGGGCAUUCCGCCUCGGAGGCGGAUCCGGCUCCGGGCGUGACCACCACUCUCUCUCUACCCCCCCGUAGCGCCCCUGGUCUGGUCCCGCUGGCCGGAGCUGGACUGGACAUCGGUGGAGCGGAUUGCUCUGGCUCCGGUGUGGAGCAGCUGACCGGUGCCGGACCAGGCACCGGUGGAACAGGCACGGACCGUGCCGGACUGACGAUGCGCACCACUGGCUUGGUGCGGGGAGCAGGAACGGGCCGGACCGGGCUGACGACGCGCACCACUGGCUUGGUGCGGGGAGCAGGAACAGGCCGGACCGGGCUGGCGACGCGCACCACUGGCUUGGUGCGGAGAGCAGGAACAGGCCGGACCGGGCUGGCGACGCGCACCACUGGCUUGGUGCGGGGAGCAGGAACAGGCCGGACCGGGCUGGCGACGCGCACCACUGGCUUGGUGCGGGGAGCAGGAACAGGCCGGACCGGGCUGGCGACGCGCACCACUGGCUCGGUGCGGGGAGCAGGAACAGGCCAGACCGGGCUGGCGACGCGCACCACAGGCUUGGUGCGAGGGACAGGAACAGGCCAGGCUGGACUGUGGAGACGGACUGGAGGUCUGGAACGGAGAGCUGACACAACCCGUCCUGGCUGAAUGCCUAUUUCCACACACUCUGUGUGAGGCAUCAGCACAGGACGUACAGGGCUGUGCACUCGUACUGACACUACAGCACGUGGCACUGGCGCAGGAUAUCCGGGACCGAGGAGGGGUACUGGAGGCCACGAGCGUUGAGCCGGCACACUCCGUCCUGGCUGCAUGCCCACCUUAGCACGACACGUGCGUGGUGCUAGCACAGGACGUACAGGACUGUGCCGGAACACUCGCGGCACAGUACGUAGCUCCGCAUAACUCGGAACCUGCCCAGUCUCACGCUGCCUAGCCUGAGUACGGGGAGUUGGCUCUGCUCUACCUCUAGGUUCCGCCAUCCACCAUUCCAGCGCCCCAAACCUGGUGGCCUCCUCUCCUAAAUCGCCGAUGCGCCCUGUAGCUGCCUCCAGCAGCCCCGUCGUCCAUGCCGUGAGCCCCCCCAAAAAAAUGUCUUGGGGUUGCCUCUCGCGUGUCCGUCGUCAGCACGGUUGGUGCCGUUUCUCCUCUCUUGCCAGGGCCUGUACCUUUGCCCAGGGCCCUCUGCCAGCGAAUAUGUCCUUCCAAGACCACCAUUCGCCCACCUGGGACAUCACCAACUCCUCCUGCUUGGCACGCUGCUUGGUCCUUUUAUGGUGGGAUCUUCUGUCACGAUCGUUACAGGAUGAAGCGGACCAAGGCGCAGCGUGAUAUGCGUACAUUCUUUUAUUGCAGUACACAACACGAACCAAAACAACAAAACAAACGAUACAUGAAGUCCUGGGUUGAACACAAACCUUCCGGAACAAGAUCCCACAAUAAACAUGUGCCAACAGGCCGCAUAAGUAUGGACCCCAAUCAGAGACAACGAGCUACAGCUGUCUCUGAUUGGGAACCACCUUGGCCAACAUAGAAAUACACGAACUAGAACACAACAUAGUAAAUAACACAUAGAAAAUCCACACCCUGGCUCAACAUAUAAGAGUCCCCAGAGCCAGGGCGUGACACUCUUGUUCUCUCCCUUAACCUGUGGGUAAAUCGCUACAGAUAUUAUCACUAUAUUAUAAAUAUAAAUACCAAUUUUGAUAUUAUAGAUUAAAUCAAUUGGAGAGGCACAAUGUACAGUGUUGCAGAUCUACAAUCUGGCAUUGCUGUUCAAAUCAAAUCAAAUGUUAUUUGUCACAUGCUUCGUAAACAACAGGUGUAGACUAAUAGUGAAAAGCUUAUUUACGGGCCUUUCCUAACAAUGUAGAGAGAAAGAAAAUAGAGAAAUAAUAGAAAAGUAAAACACGUAAUAAUAAUAGAAAAGUAAUACAAGUAAUAAUAGAUAUACAAUGAGUAACAAUAACUUGGCUAUAUACACGGGGUCCUAGUACCAAGUCGAUGUGCAGGGGUACGAGGUAAUUGAAGUACCUCUUGACUUUUUCCACAUUUUGUUACGUUACAGCCUUAUUCUAAAAUUGAUUAAAUUGUUUUUUUCCCCUCAUCAAUCUACACACACAAUACCCCAUAAUGACAAAGCAAAAACAGUAUUCAGACUCUUUACUCAUCACUUUGUUGAAGCACCUUUGGCAGCGAUUACAGCCUUGAGUCUUCUUGGGUAUGACGCUACAAGCUUUACACCUGUAUUUGGGGAGUUUCUCCCAUUCUUCUCUGCAGAUCCUCUCAAGCUCUGUCAGGUUGGAUGGGGAGCGUUGCUGCACAGCUAUUUUCAGGUCUCUCCAGAGAUGUUCGAUCGGGUUCAAGUCCGGGCUCUGGCUGGGCCACUCAAGAACAGUCAGAGACUUGUCCCGAAGCCACACCUGUGAGGUUCUGGCUGUGAGCUUAGGGUCGUUGUCCUGUUGGAAGGUGAACCUUCGACUCAGUCUGAGAUCCUGAGCGCUCUGGAGCAGGUUUUCAUCAAGGAUCUCUCUGUACUUUGCUCCGUUCAUCUUUCCCUUGAUCCUGACUAGUCUCCCAGUCCCUGCCGCUGAAAAACAUCCCCACAGCAUGAUGCUGCCACCACCAUGCUUCACCGUAGGGAUGGUGCCAGGUUUCCUCCAGACGUGACGCUUGGCAUUCAGGCCAAAGAGUUCAAUCUUGGUUUCAUCAGACCAGGGAAUCUUGUUUCAAAUGGUCUCAGAGUCCUUUAGGUGCCUUUUGGCAAACUCCAAGCGGGCUCUCAUGUGCCUUUUACUGAGGAGUGGCUUCCGUCUGGCCACUCUACCAUAAAGGCCUGAUUGGUGGAGUGCUGCAGAGAUGGUUGUCCUUCUGGAAGGUUCUCCCAUCGCCACAGAGGAACUCUGGAGCUUGUCAGAGUGACCAUCGGGUUCUUGUCUCAGAACUCUACAGACAAUUCCUUCGACCUCAUGGCUUGGUUUUUGCUCUGACAUGCACUGUCAACUGCGGGACCUUAUAUAGACAGGUGUGUGCCUUUCCAAAUCAUGUCCAAUCAAUUGAAUUUACCACAGGUGGACUCCAAUCAAGUUGUAGAAACAUCUCAAGGAUGAUCAAUGGAAACAGGAUGUUCCUGAGCUCAAUUUCUAGUCUCAAUACAAAGGGUCUGAAUACUUAUGUAAAUAAGGUAUUUCUGUUUUUUGCUUUGUCAUUAUAGGGUAUUGUGUGUAGAUUGAUGAGGGGAAAAUAGAAUAAGGCUGUAACGUAACAAAAUGUGGAAAAAGUCAAGGGGUCUGAAUACCUUCCGAAUGCACCUGUAUAUAAUACAGUGAGGGAAAAAAGUAUUUAGUCAGCCACUAAUUGUGCAAGUUCUCCCACUUAAAAAGAUGAGAGAGGCCUGUAAUUUUCAUCAUAGGUACACGUCAACUAUGACAGACAAAUUGAGAGAAAAAAAUCCAGAAAAUCACAUUUUUGGAAAUACCAGACGAUGUAAAUACAUUUGACCAGUCAUGCUUAUUGGUCUAUGGGUUAAUUUAGUUACAGCAUUCGGAAAGUAUUCAGACCCUUUGACUUUUUCCACAUUUUGUUACAUUACAGCCUUAUUCUAAAAUUUAAUAAAUAAAACAUUUUCCUCAUCAAUCUACACACAAUAACCUAUAAUGACAAAAAACAGAAAUACCUCAUUUACAUAAGUAUUCAGAUCCUUUGCUACAGUGGGGAAUAAAAGUAUUUAGUCAGCCACCAAUUGUGCAAGUUCUCCCACUUAAAAAGAUGAGAGAGGCCUGUAAUUUUCAUCAUAGGUACACGUCAACUAUGACAGACAAAUUGAGAAAAAAAUUUCCAGAAAAUCACAUUGUAGGAUUUUUUAUGAAUUUAUUUGCAAAUUAUGGUGGAAAAUAAGUAUUUGGUCACCUACAAACAAGCCAGAUUUCUGGCUCUCACAGACCUGUAACUUCUUCUUUAAGAGGCUCCUCUGUCCUCCACUCGUUACCUGUAUUAAUGGCACAUAUUUGAACUUGUUAUCAGUAUAAAAGACACCUGUCCACAACCUCAAACAGUCACACUCCAAACUCCACUAUGGCCAAGACCAAAGAGCUGUCAAAGGACACCAGAAACAAAAUUGUAGACCUGCACCAGGCUGGGAAGACUGAAUCUGCAAUAGGUAAGCAGCUUGGUUUGAAGAAAUCAACUGUGGUAGCAAUUAUUAGGAAAUGGAAGACAUACAAGACCACUGAUAAUCUCCCUCGAUCUGGGGCUCCACGCAAGAUCUCACCCCGUGGGGUCAAAAUGAUCACAAGAACGGUGAGCAAAAAUCCCAGAACCACACGGGGGGACCUAGUGAAUGACCUGCAGAGAGCUGGGACCAAAGUAACAAAGCCUACCAUCAGUAACACACUACGCCGCCAGGGACUCAAAUCCUGCAGUGCCAGACGUGUCCCCCUGCUUAAGCCAGUACAUGUCCAGGCCCGUCUGAAGUUUGCUAGAGUGCAUUUGGAUGAUCCAGAAGAGGAUUGGGAGAAUGUCAUAUGGUCAGAUUAAACCAAAAUAGAAUUUUUGGUAAAAACUCAACUCGUCGUGUUUGGAGGACAAAGAAUGCUGAGUUGCAUCGAAAGAACACCAUACCUACUGUGAAGCAUGGGGGUGGAAACAUCAUGCUUUGGGGCUGUUUUUCUGCAAAGGGACCAGGACGACUGAUCUGUGUAAAGGAAAGAAUGAAUGGGGCCAUGUAUCGUGAGAUUUUGAGUGAAAACCUCCUUCCAUCAGCAAGGGCAUUGAAGAUGAAACGUGGCUGGGUCUUUCUGCAUGACAAUGAUCCCAAACACACCGCCCGGGCAACGAAGGAGUGGCUUCGUAAGAAGCAUUUCAAGGUCCUGGAGUGGCCUAGCCAAUCUCCAGAUCUCAACCCCAUAGAAAAUCUUUGGAGGGAGUUGAAAGUCCGUGUUGCCCAGCGACAGCCCCAAAACAUCACUGCUCUAGAGGAGAUCUGCAUGGAGGAAUGGGCCAAAAUACCAGCAACAGUGUGUGAAAACCUUGUGAAGACUUACAGAAAACGUUUGACCUGUGUCAUUGCCAACAAAGGGUAUAUAACAAAGUAUUGAGAAACUUUUGUUAUUGACCAAAUACUUAUUUUCCACCAUAAUUUGCAAAUAAAUUCAUUAAAAAUCCUACAAUGUGAUUUUCUGGAUUUUUUUUCCUCAUUUUGUCUGUCAUAGUUGACGUGUACCUAUGAUGAAAAUUACAGGCCUCUCUCAUCUUUUUAAGUGGGAGAACUUGCACAAUUGGUGGCUGACUAAAUACUUUUUUCCCCCCACUGUAUGAGACUUUAAAUUGAGUUCAGGUGCAUCCUGUUUCCAUUGAUCAUCCUUGAGAUGUUUCUACAACUUCAUUGGAGUCCACCUGUGGUAAAUUCAAUUGAUUGGAGUCAAGGGGUCUGAAAACUUUCCGAAGACACUGUAUGUAACUUAUUUAUCACACGCAUACAGCAUACAGACACAGAGCCUUUGAGAGGAAAAUGGGUCAGACAGUGCUUUUAUAAGCCCAAUCAUUGAACAACAAUUCUAAAUGCAAUCGCACACAAAAUUAUUUGCUUCUACAGACGGAUUAGUCUUCUCUUUUCAGCAGUAGGCAUUUGCUUUCCAAAUGGUAUCCCUAUGUGUUUUCUUGUGCAUUUUGAAAUUUGACAGAUUGACAGCCACAACCAACCAUAGAAAUAUAAUUCCCAUUCAAAUCAGGACUGGCAACCAUUGCUAGUGUACCCAUGAUUUUAAAAGUCAAAGUGCCAGGGUUAAAUGUUCCAAAAUCCUUCUAUAGAUUAUAUGUCUAUGGCCAAACUGCAACUAGCUGUUCUAUAUUUGGCAUGCACGUUGCCCAAAUUGCAGCCUUCACAACUGUAAGUGCCUGUGAUAAAACUUAAUCCACAGCUAUUUUUUAGAAGCUAUUGAUCCUCUGUGGCUAAGUUAUGCUCUCUGGUGUAGUAUUUUGAAUUAUUUUAUUCAUAUCUGUUCAGACAGGAGUAAGCUAAUAUCAUUUUGGGGAAAAUGUACUUUAAUAAUGUUUAUUUAUUUUUUAUAAUUUCAACAAAAGUAUUUCAAUUUGCAGCACCCCCAGCACCCCUACUUCCCGCGGCUAUAAGCAGACUCACACCAUAAAAUAUCACUGCUACAGUUUGGUUUAGACUAGAGAAAAUGUUAACCUGUCUGUUUGAUGUGUUGAUUCUGACACAUAUUCAUAUCUCAUUCAUCUUGUUAGCCUUUUGUUGUUAAAGGGGCAGUGCAGUUAUGAUAUUUCCACACUAUGAGGUCGAAAUAACACUCCGAAACGGUGAAAAAAAUGAUAAUGCCCUUUUUGUGUAAAAGCUGUUUGGAAAAGAAUCCUGGAAUUUCAACCUGUUCAGGUGGAAUGGAACAGUGUGAUCUGAUUAUAAUAGACCAAUGUCUGUUCGUCUGGGUAAGGGGGUAGGCUCUAGACCAUCCCAUCAGCCAAUCAGGGCUGUGUAUGUAAAUAUCUUCAAAUUUGUUUCCUAACACCGACAUGAUCAGACUGAGCAUUUACAUUUUCAUGUUUCGCUAAACACACACAGUGACCUAUUAGACAUACAGUGAUGACUUAAAAAAUAAAAUUACAAAGACUGCAUUGGGGCUUUAAGCUAAUUAUAUGAGUGAUAUUGGAGAUGUCGUGGAACAUCUCUACAUUCUAAUUCCACCCAUCAUUAAAAAUGCAUGAUAGAUCUGAGAAAUCCAAUAUAUAUGCAUCAUGGAAUUAACUGUAAAUCUAAAAUAUCAAUUGCAAUAGUCAAUGAAAUAGGAAUAGAGAAUAUAGCUACUGUUCUUACCUAGAUAGUUAUGCAAAGCAUAAGAAGGGCAUUGAUCAUCACACCACUCGUCUUCUUUUAACUUGAUCAUGUUUUUAGAGAGGAAAAGGCAGGAAAAGGCAGGAACAAAGCGUUUGGGCCGUUUGUAUGUUCUCCAGCAUCUUAAUCUCAACAGGACUCAGGGCUAUGAGUCAGGGUGGACUGGACACAACAUGCAUAUUAAAACCGGGGGCUGCCCGUCUUUAAACAAAACUGUGUCUCAGAAAUGUGUUUAAAACCUCAUUAUUUGAACAUUUGGAUCCAUAUACUCAACACAACAAUGUUUACUGAAUGAAACAAAAAGAAAAGGAGCUGCUGCUAGAGACAGUGUGGAGAAAAUUGUCUGCAUCAACAUUAGGAAAAACAAUAAAAAGGAGACCCUCUCCAGUCUUGGGCAGAUGCUCUGAUGUUGAAAUGAUCUUAAGAUGAUGAGUAAUUGAAUGAUCUCUCCACCUUCCUCCUCAGGCUCCAUUCUUCUGGCCCUCUAAUUGUUGGGAACCUGAAAACACAGACUAUGGUAAGUUAUGUUGUGGUCCCUAGGGGUGGAAUUGGAAAAUAUCACUGAACUCAAACGUGUCUAAAUGUCACCCCUCAGAUUUUCAUUAUGUGUAACCCCUAAUUAUUCCCCCCUGAUGUCCCCCCUCCCAGCCAGCCUAACCUAUAGCCCUGCUCAGUGCAGAGUGAGAGCAGAGUGUCUGGCCCAGAAUGUGUCAUAUCCUCCUGCCUAGAGUGUAAACACAGACUAUGGAUCUGUUGUUGUCUCACACCCAGUAUUGAUUGAGUGGCCCACUCUGUAAUGCAUCCCACUAUCUCCCCAGGAGGAUCUCAUUUUACCCCCAGGUCUGCAGCGCUAGAUUAGCCAAUCAGGGUACAAAGGUCUUACGUGACAUUAUUGUACAUCUCCAGGCUUUCAUGUUUGCAUGGCAUUUCUCCAGCCUGAUUAUGUAAAUGAGAAAGUUACCAACUGUCUCAUUAAAUAUUGCUCACCGCACUCUGAUCAGAACAGAUUUACUCAGGCGGAAACCGAGUAGGUGGCAUUUGUUUACAAGAGAUGAACUACACUUACAACUGGCGAUACAGCAUUUGUGACAUUUGUUUGGCAAUAUCACUAAAGGCAGGCAGUCUGCCAAGCAACAGUAAGUAACUGACUACUCUCUGCUGUCUUCUCUCUCCUCUGUAGCUAUUUACCUGUGCAAGCGCACCAUGCAGAACAAGGCCAGGCUGGAGCUAGCUGACUACGAGGCUGUGAGUCCCCUAUUCAUCUUACUGGAACUGUCAUCAGUACACUAUCAAUACACUACUGACCCUUUAACAGAGGUAUCAACUACACAACUACAGAUUCUCUCAGAUCACGUGCCAUGCUGCUGAGCUCUAGUCUAUUCCACACUGUAUAGGUUUGGUGGUCGGGUCAGAGUGUUGUUUUCUCCACAAUUCAAAUAGGUCACUUCAUUGAAUAUGUAUGACAGAUGUUUGCAUUGCUCACUUGCCAAGCAGAUGCCCUUAUUAUAUGCAAAUUACAACAGCCAUGAUAUUACUUGCUGGUUAAGCUGAGCUGGCUAGCUUUAUGCAGAAAUAGCAUUAUAGCGAUGCAAUUACCCAAGAACCUUCACUGGUUUAUUCUCACACCUCAUGUCUCUAUGAUUGGGGGGUCUUACAGGAGAACCUGGCUCGACUGCAGAGGGCCUUCGCCAGGAAGUGGGAGUUCAUCUUCAUGCAAGCUGAGGCGCAGGUCAAGUGAGUGGACAGUAACUAGGCAAAAGAGCACGCACACAACACAUUGUGGUUUUGAUACUUUGUCUAUUGUGCCAUAUGUCAGUGUAUUCCUUAUAUUUCAUGCACUGAUGCAGGUGACUAUAGAGUCACCAGUUUGCCAGAUGCAUACCCCUAGGUUACUUUCUAGAUGAUAUUUUAUUCAUUCACUUUUAUCACUGUUCCUUCCACUACAUCUCCAUCUGCUGGUUGACAUUUGUAAACACGAUAUCAGGACUUGAGAAAAACCUCAUUGGUCAUGAUUAUCCUUUCAAAUGAUUAUAGUCUGAGCACUAAGUAUUUACUGUAGUUAAGAGCGAAUACAUUAAGCUCUGUUACAUUCAGGGUGAGAGAGAGAAACAGGCCAACCAAGCACUGAUCAGUAAAUGUCAGUUAUGUAAGAGUUGUACCCUACCAGCCAGCGGCCAGACCCCAGAUUGCUUGGUGAAGUGACGAAACAGGUUGUGACUUCCACUUUGAGCUUUUACCCUCCUCUAGUCUCUCAGUAAGAGUGACACGUCUGUCUGUGUGCUCAGUAUUGACUUGGCUCUGUCCUCUCUCCCCUACCCUCAGGAUCGACAGGAAGAAGGACAAGGCUGAGAGGAAGAUCCUGGACAGCCAAGAGAGGGCAUUCUGGGACGUCCAUCGCCCUGUGGUAAGCUGAAGGGUGGUGGUGGUAAGCUGAGAGGAGGAGGUGGUGGUGCUAAGGUCUGAAGGAGGGCUAGAGAGAUGGCAUGAUGAAAGGACAAGGAAUGUUACAGUGAAAGUCCCAUAGGGCUCCAAUGUUAGAACAAUAAAGUGUUUUAGUGUUUAGUGGGGCCUGGGUUAGCCUGAAUUAGUCUGGAUCCUAGUGGGGUUCUCUAUUAGCCAACUCCAGUGUUGAAUUAAGUCUAGCCUCCAGGCUAGGGAAGGAUGUGCCUGGUGACCCACUAUAAUCUGACCUAGAAACUAACUCUCUCACAGCCAGGCUGUGUAAACACCACAGAGAUGGACAUUCGCAAGUGCCAGAGAGAGAAGAAUCCACAGAGGGUGAAAAAGGUAAGGAAGAAGACUUUUAGUGAUGAGUGGUCUCUCUGUUUGUUUAUGUAUGUAUGUAUCUGUGUGUGUGUGUGUGGAGGGUGAGUGUAUAAGCAACAACAGACAUGUAUAUCCAUUCUGUCCCUCUCCAGUCGGUGUAUGGGGUUACAGAUGACACCCAGACUCAGAGUCCAGUCCACCAGUCCAUCCUGUCCCAGCCAGCCAGGAAGCCCACCAGAGAGGACGUUCAGAAGGAGGUAACACACUCUGUGAUGCUCCUGACAGGUCAUUACUAACACCGUCAUUAUCCAUUAUCUCCUGCUGUCUGUCUGUCUGUCUGUCUCACUCAUCAAUCAUAACGCCAACCCACCUCUGAGUAAUGAGCUACUGUCUCAUUCUGCCGUCUUUAAUUAUUUUCUCUCUCAGAUUUCCUUCUUGAACAUGCAGCUGGACAGACACUGUAUGAAAAUGUCCAAAGUAGCGGACAGCCUCAUGAGCUACACAGAACAGUUCAUGGUCUACGAUCCUUUAGCGUCAACUGUUGAACCAUCCAACCCCUGGAUCAGCGAUGACAUAACCUUCUGGGACCUGGAGGCUAGGUGGGUUCACUGGGGAGGCAGUGUGAGGCACAGGUUGGUGGCACCUGUAUUGGGAAGAACGGACUCAUAGUAAUGGCUGGAAUGGAAUAAAUGGAAUGCUAAUCGAACAUGGCUUCCAUGUGUUUGAUACCAUUCCAUUGACUCCAUUCCAGCCAUUAUUAUGAGCCGUCCUCCCCUCAGCAGCCUCCGGUGGCGUGAGGCCAUAGGCACCAUGGACAGACCUAACUAGUCAAACACAAUCACUCCUCUAAAUGGCUAGUGGGGUCAGGCAGAGGGUUAGUGCUCUCAGGUGCUGGCUCCUCUUUCUUUCCCUAUGCACUCCACAUUUUAAACAGCAUACACACCCACAAGGUAUUUGUAUUUGUAUUUGUAUUUAUUAUUGAUCCACAUACUCUCCCUGGGGUCCUGCAAAAUUAAAGCAAUUAUACAUUUGAAAAACAUACAAUACAUUCAUAACAGAUUUCACAACAUAUUAAGUGUGUUCCCUCAGGCCUCUACUCUAAUACCGCAUAUCUAUAACACAAAAUCCAUGUGUACAUGUGUGUAUAGUGUAUAUGUUAUUGUGUGUUUGUAUGCAUGUGUCUAUGUUUGUGUUGCUUCAUAGUCCCUGCUGUUCCUUAAGGUGUAUUUUUAUCUGUUUUUUAAAUCUAAUUUUACUGCUGGCAUGAGUUACUUGAUGUGGAAUAGAGUUCCAUGUAGUCACGGCUCCAUGUAGUCAAGGCAUGUACUGUGGGAGCUGUGAGUGUGAGAAUAGCAUGUACAGCAAAUCAGCUCUAUGCUAGUUUUGAUUGGCACUCUGAGAUGCCUCAUAGUUGUCUCUCUCCGUUCUUCCCUAUGAGCAGCCGGGACCCCAGCCAGCACCGUGUGAAGAAGUGGGGCUUCUCUCUGGAGGAGGCCCUCAAGGACCCAGCGGGACAGGACGCUUUCCUCAAGUUCCUGGAGUCGGAGUUCAGCUCAGAGAACCUCCGGUGAGAGAUGGAGCCUUAUAGGCUCAGGCAGGCACAGUUCCCAAUGAUAACAUAGUCACUAUCUUCUUCCCUUCUACUGUUUCACAUCCAUUUCUAUUCCCCAGGCCUAUAGAGGCUUUUGAGUGGCGGUAAUGAGAUUAAGGGAAUGAGUGCUCUGAAUGUCCACAAGGGGGCGCGCUCCUCUCCUGGCAGUUUAACAUUAGGAAGUGAAUGCUGCAGACACUGAUCUCUAUUGGCUGUGCCCUUCCUGUGCCCCUUGACAAGGUUCUGGUUGGCAGUGCAGGACUUGAAGCGGAGGCCCCUUGAGAACGUGGCAGCCAGGGCCCAGGAGAUCUGGCAGGAGUUCCUGGCAGAGGGUGCAUCCAGCUCCAUCAACCUGGACUCCCACAGCUAUGAGCGCACUAGCCAUAACCUCAAAGAUCCUGGACGAUACAGCUAUGAGGAUGCACAGGUACAUAUCACAGUCUCCCAUAUGCACUCAAACACAUAUGCAUGCACGACCACACACACAGUCAAAACUACUGCUACUACUGCACACACAUUCAACAACUCACACAAACACAUCACAUCAUAAUCCCCACCCACACACUGCUGGCUGAGAGGGGGGUGGAUGGACAGAUGGAGUGAAAGGGAAGUGAUUGAAUGGUGGUGAAGAAACAAUGUUUUUCAGGGUCUAAUGGGCCGAGUAAUGCCUGUGAAAAGCACAUGCAUUCAUCCUAGAUUCCUUAGGUUCAAACUGUAUUAGUUUUGUUUGAGGGCAACUGCCUCACGGUGCAUGAGCUUCAAUGGCUAUACGAUGGCUCUGUGUUCACUCAGCCCUCUCAGGAGACUCCUUCUUCCCUCCAUGUUAGCAUGCAUGGUUUACUCUCAGCUCCUCCGUUCCCACUCUUACAUAAUCAUCAACUCAACUCUCCCUGCCUCGCUCUCUCUCUCUCUCUCUCACACACACACAAUCGCACGCAUGCACACACACACAUACGGACGCAUGCGCACACACACACACACACACACACACACACACACACACACACACACACACACACACACACACACACACACACACACACACACACACACACACACACACACACACACACACACACACACACACACACACACACACACACACACACACACACACACACACACACACACACACAACGACCAUCAUCACCACCUCUCCUUCUUCUUUAGGAACACAUCUUCAAGUUGAUGAAAAGUGACAGCUAUGCACGCUUCCUGAGAUCCAACAUCUAUCAGGACCUCCUGCUAGCCAGAAAGAAGCUGGUGAGCUGUAACUAACCCCUACUCAGUCACACCUUCACCAUCGUAAAACUGUGAUAUUAUGCAUUUAAUAAAUAUGUUUGAAAGCACACAGCCACCGCUUCUGGCUUCAUGGCCUAAAAUGUAACCUGUGGUUUGCCUUGACACUUUUCUAAUCUUCCCUCUUCCCUUCCCCUCCCCAUGCCGCUCAACGUUUUCUACCCCCACCCAACCCCCACACCAUGCUGCCCCUAGUCGCAGACAGAGAGUGAGCAGGGCCGCCGUACCUCCCUGGAGAAGUUCACCCGCAGUGUGGUAAGUCACCAGGAACUGGGGCUGUAUCACGGGCACGCAACCUAAUGAAGAUCUUUUUCAAGUUCAAAAUGAUUAUGUAGGCUAGUAGGGCAGAGUUAUUUUGCUGGUAUUUCUUACCAUUUUAAGGACAGGUAAGUGCUCAACAUGUUGGCAGGGAUAGCUAGUCUAAGUACUUUCUUGGCACAGCACUGUACACAGACUGCAUGAUUUUUCAGAAACUCAGCCAGUAAAGUUUGUUUCCAUUUUCCAGGGCAAGUCGUUGACGGGCAAGCGGCUGACAGGGCUGAUGCAGUCAUCCUGA